UGUCAGAGUUGUUCUGGUCCAACACAACUCUAAAGAAGGAGUAGAUUGAGGAUGGAGACACAGCAGCAAUACAGCUGGAUGAGCCACUCCACGAGGGUUGAUCGGUUUCCUUGUUUCUGUAAGUUCUUCUCGCAGUCUUUGAGUUUAUGAAAGGUUAUGAUUACUUCCCCUUUGUGCUGAAGCUUUUGGCAGAGAGAUAUGCGUUUGCAAGAUGACUCAGGGAAAAGGUAGCUGCUUAUGAAAGCAGUCAGAAUUAAUUCAUGGGGGAAUUUCUUUCUCUUUCUUUUUAUUGAAUUUUGCUUCUUACAUACAUCCCUGAGAAAAAAAACAGCCCAAUAUUCGAACCACAAAUAAUGAUAAGCAAAAACAUAAAACACGUAUUAACUAAAUAUUUUUUCCUCCGCCAAUUACCAAUAAUUGAUAUUCUAACUUAUCAAUCAUUAAUGUUCCAUUCUUUUCAGAUGACUUCCGUCCACCUCAAUCUGAGUCAUACUUUUCUGUAAUUAACAGCCUUCUUAUAUGUUUCUUAUUUCUUGGUACUAUAUGAUUUAAUUAUAGUAACUGUUUUGUAUUUUGCAAAAAUCAGUCAAAGCAUAAUAAAGGUUUUACUUGCGAACAAUUUUUUUAAAGUAGAUUUUAUAACACUCCCAUUCCUUACUGAACUUUUGGUUUGUUUGAUUCCUAAUUAAUUAUGUCAUUUUAGCAAGCUCAAUGUAUUCAAAUAAUUUUAUCUGCCACUCUUCCUUUGUUGGAAUCUCCUCUCCCUUCCAUUUUCUGCCAAUAAGUAUUCUUUUUUAUUUUAUUUUAUUUAUUUAUUUAUUUAUUUACGUUCUUAUGUUACAUCAGUAAAGAUUAUAAUAUUACAUUGCAAUGCUUAUUAUUAUAUAAUUUUCAACAUGUAUACAAAAUUUAUAUAUAAAGUUAAUAUACCUAAAGAUAACAAGAAAAAAAAAACAAGGACAAAAAAAUCUAUUCCAAAGUCAUGUCUGUACCAACACGUUGGACUUCCUGUCUGUCCCGUUGUAUAUUCAUUUUUUACAAUUGAAUGUACUCUUAUUAUUGUAUAUUUCUUUACAUUUUGUCUAAUACAUUCCUAUAAGUAUUCUUGCCACUGUUGUGGCAUAUAAAAAUAUCCUUCUUUUAUUGCUUGGGAUAUCUGGUGCUAGUAAACCCAAGAGAAAUGCUUCUGGCUUUUUAACAAAUGUUUGUUUAAACUUUUUUAAAAAAAAUUCUUCAUAGAUACUAUCCCAAAAGUUUCUGAUUUUCUUACAUUCCCACCACUUAUGCAAUAUUGUCAUGGGAGGGGGGGAUUUCAAUCAAAUGUUCCCAGUUUGAAUUUGUUUGCAAAAAAAAUCUAAUCCUCCUAAUUUGAUUUUGUACCAACUGUUUGUUGGAUUUAGUAAUAGCAGGUGGGAAAUAGGAUAUGAAAGUUCCAAGUUUGGCCAUCUGAUCUGUACAAAUUUUGCUUUAGGGUAAGUCAUCAACAAGAAUGGAAAAUUAGGUUUUCAAAAAAGUACCUCUCAAAACGUAAACGGAAAAGUGUCAACUUUUCCCAAAACUGAAAUACCGCAUUUUCCCGUCUAUAAGAUGCCCCCAUGUACAAGAGAACUAUUUAGGAGGACUCAGAUUUAAGAAAAUGGGGGAAAGACACUAUCUGUGUAUAAGACGCACCCUAAUUUUUGACAUUAUUUUUAGGGGGAACCCCCUAAAACGACUAAACAACAACAAACAGGUCUGCCUUCAGAUGUCUUCUAAAAGUUAGAUAGUUGUUUAUUUCUUUGACACCUGGUGGGAGGGCGUUCCACAGGGAGGGCGCCACAACCGAGAAGGCCCUCUGCCUGGUUCCCUGUAACUUCGCUUCUCGCGGUGAGGGAACCGCCAGAAGGCCCUUGGAGCUGGACCUCAGUGCCCGGGCAGAACGAUGGGGUGGAGAUGCUUCUUUAGGUAUACUGGGCUGAGGCCGUUUAGGGCUUUAAAGGUCAGCACCAACACUUUGAAUUGUGCUCAGAAAUGUACUGGCAGCCAAUGUAGGUCUUCCAGGACCGGUGUUAUGUGGUCUCGGCGGCCGCUCCCAGUCACCAGUCUAGCUGCCGCAUUCUGGAUUAGUUGCAGCUUCCGGGUCACCUUCAAAGGUAGCCCCACGUAGAGCGCAUUGCAGUAGUCUAAGACCCAUACUGAUGGGUCCAAGGUGGCAAAGUGAGCUUCAACCCAAAUUUACGGGGGAAAGCAUGAAGACUGGUGCUGUUUGAGGGUAAUGGCAUGCGUUGUUGUUGUUUAGUUGUAUAGUCGUGUCCGACUCUUCGUGACCCCAUGGACCAGAGCACGCCAGGAACUUCUGUCUUCCACUGCCUCCCGCAGUUUGGUCAAACUCAUGCUGGUAGCUUCGAGAACACUAUCCAACCAUCCGUCCUCUGUUGGCCCCUUCUCCUUGUGCCCUCCAUCUUUCCCAACAUCAGGGUCUUUUCCAGGGAGUCUUCUCUUCUCAUGAGGUGGCCAAAGUAUUGGAGCCUCAGCUUCAGGCUCUGUCCUUCCAGUGAGCACUCAGGGCUGAUUUCCUUCAGAAUGGAGAGGUUUGAUCUUCUUGCAGUCCAUGGGACUCUCAAGAGUCUCCUCCAGCACCAUAAUUCAAAAGCAUCAAUUCUUCAGCAAUCAGCCUUCUUUAUAGUCCAGCUUUCACUUCCAUACAUAAUGGCAUGUAGACAAAUGCAAUUUAAAUGGGAACGCCAACAGCUGCAGAAACACAGUAUGCUCCAGUGUGGCUAAGCUCCAUAGCACUGGGGAUCUGUGUAGAUGAAAAGUCAUAGAGUGCUCAGCUUGAACUGGUCCACACAGUUGCUAAGUGUGAGACCACUUAUGCUGGUCCACACAGUUGCUAAGUGUGAGACCAUCCCAGCCCGUAAUGUUGUCCUGCCACGACCAGAUUCUCACCCUGUGUUUAUGGAGCACGUUGCUGUUCUUUAAGCUGCUGUUUGGGCAAAGCCUAAAAAACACUACAUAGCCUAAACGAAUAACAGAGAGUUAACCUGACAUUUAGAUCUAGAGCACAAAUCCCCCUUUGUCAAUAAAACCGUGUCUUUUCAAGACUGACUUUUAUCAGAUAACCUUUCCCCAUAAUUUUAAGUUGUGCUCACUUCGCCAUCUGCAGGUUUAAAGAUUGGUUUAACUCAUGGAUAGGCAAACUAAGGCCCGGGGGCCGGAUCCAGCCCAAUUGCCUUCUAAAUCCGGCCCGUGAAUCAGCAUGUUUUUACAUGAGUGGAAUGUGUCCUUUUAUUCAAAAUGCAUCUCUGGGUUAUUUAUGGGGCAUAGGAAUUCAUUCAUUUUUUUUCUUUUCAAAAUAUAGUCUGGCCCCCCAUAAGGUCUGAGGGACAGUGGACUGGCCCCCUGCUGAAAAAGUUUGCUGACCCCUGGUUUAACUGGUAUAUAUUUAUUUGUGUUUCUGUGAGGUGUGGGGGUUUUUUGGUUUUGUUUUUAACUGCUGAAGAUGGAGUGGAAUUGGAUAUACCCUGUUGAGACUGACAGAGAUGCCUUGUUUAUUGUCCGAGAGCCCAGUCAUGUUUAAAAACACCGCAGGGACAAAACCAAACUAAAUGGCUUAACCAAGAGAUGAGAAGGAACAUAGAUCAGAUGUGCUCCUGAGGAAAUGGAGCAUCUGAGGUUCUUUAAAGUAAAGGGACCCCUGACCAUUAGGUCCAGUCAUGGCUGACUCUGGGGUUGUGGCUUUCAUUUCGCUCUAUGGGCCGAGGGAGCCGGUAUUUGUCCACAGACAGCUUCCAGGUCAUGUGGCCAGCAUGACUAAGCCGCUUCUGGGAACCAGAGCAGCGCACGGAAACACCGUUUACCUUCCCGCCGGAGCGGUACCUAUUCAUCUACUUGCACUUUGACAUGCUUUCGAACUGCUAGGUUGGCAGGAGUGAGGUUCUUUACAGGUGUGCUAAAGGAGGAAAGGAGACUGCAGAGAUGCUGAAUGAAGUCUUUGUAACUGGAUCACUGGAAGCAGGCUGCAUGUGAGGGACACAGAACAGAGGGGAUCCAUCUGCUCAGGCAAGGCAUGUUCUGGAGGAGGUUGUCAUAGAAGACCAGGUUCGUAGUUUGGAGGUGCUCAUUGAUCUUUGUCGCUCAAGGCUCAUACAACCCUGUGGCGUGGAAUAUCUUCUAUCAGUUUUUCAGCUGUUUGUUAUCUUAGCUGGCUCCCAGUCCAUUUCUGUGCCCAGUUCAAAGUGCUGGUUCUGACCUUUAAUACCCUUUACAACUUGGGCCCUCUGAUGUAUCUGAUCGAACACAUUUUCUCUCCUGUACCUCCCUGACCCAUGAGACUAUCAUCUGACAAUCUUCUUUGAGUGCCCCUGCCAAGUGGGGUACAAAUCAUGAGAGAAGGGGUCUUUUCAGUAGUGGCCCCUCCAUUGUUGAAUGUUUGCCUAUGAAAGACCCACCUGAUACCAUGGGGAAAGAUGCUGGCAAGUUCAGCUUGGAAGGAAGGAAGGGAGGGAGGAAGGAAGGAAGGAAGGAAGGGGCUAAGAUGGCAGACAUUUCAAUCCAUCAAUCCCUGGAAAUGUUGGCUUCAAACCAUUCCAGAGAUAAUGAUUAAUGAUCUCAUGUAUCCCCCAAUUGCUAUGACUCUAAUAGCAGCCACACAGGGAUCGGUAAAUGAUAAAAAGAAAAUAUUAUUAUCUCCCCAAUUAUACAACUAUAUUUUAAUCAAAAAAAUUCAAGACGGCUAUUUUGCCUGCAGCUUGAUGUUCUCUUUGUAAACGAUGCAUCUCCAGCAGCAGCAAAAGAGUUAAAUCCAGAUUCAAAUGGCCAGAUAAAUCAAUAUGACUGUCAUGCAAAAAUUAAUUAACACAGAGACAAUUGUGUAAAUUCCUUCCAGUAACAAACUGUUAAAUAAAUGAAGCUAUUUCUGAAUCUAGAUUAACUCUCCUACCACCAUCCAUGAUUUUAUCAUCCAGGAAAACUGUCCACAAAGGAAACUGUAGUUAAUAAAUCUUUGCUUAGAAAGCAACUAAGGGGAUGAGUGGGUGCAAAGGUCCAAAAUGCUGAUUGAAAUAGCUCUUAAAUCCAGCUCUUUCUUAGUACUUGUUCUCUGCUGUGCUUGGCAUUUAGCUUUCUUUCUGAACGACAACCGGGUGCAUGGCUGAUUUAGCUCUUUUCUGCCACUUCUCUUCUUCCCGAUUAUCCAUUCAUUUCUUCGUUCACUUCUAAUUACAGAAUACUGCUGCAUUUGUUCCUCCUCCUUUUGUUGCUCUUGUUAGUUUAGCUGGGCAAUGUAGUUCAGCAAAUUGUUAAACCCAUCCAUGAGGCCACAGUGAAGGGCGCAUGCACAGAAGCUGGUGAGCUGUGGACACACUGGCUGAAAUCAGACCGUAGUGUUCGAAGCUGUGCGGCACAGUACAGCCAUUGUGGCUUCGGUGGGUACAACUCUGUUGUAGUUGUUGUUGUUGUCCCACUAUCAUCUCUGGUCAGGCAGGUUUAUGCAAUCCUCCCAAAGCCUGUGGAUUGCUGUUUGGUCCAAUUCAAUGCUAUAGAGGGGGUUUCUCCAAGAAAAGUGCCAAGGCGAAAGAAAGAAAGAAAGAAAGAAAGAAAGAAAGAAAGAAAGAAAGAAGCUUGCUUGGACAUGAACCUGCCUAGAAAUGCAGAGGGAAGGCAAAUGUGGAUGAGCGCUCCAAGUUGGUUCAAAUUCUUUGCUCUGCCUUGUUUCCUGUUGUGGAAGGUCAUCAUACUUCAGCUAGCAUUUUGUGAACGUUGGCUGAGUUUGUAUAAAACAGGAGUCUCUUAGAUAUGUGCCUUGCUGAAAGCACCUGUAGCAAAUCCAACCGGAGCCUGCAUAAGAGACACCAGAGUUCACAUGAGGUUUCGCUGUCUUUCUUUGGUGACCUUUCUCGGUGACAUUCUGAGUUGUUCUUGGAGCCCAGGCAGGAUGACUGAGUGCUGCUUCUGCAGCAAGAGAGGCCAGCUUCCUUUCCUUUGCGUAACAGAGGGUGAUAUGAUGGCAGUGUCAUUUCUGCCAAUAACCAUCUCCGCAGACGUCUCUAAUGCUGGCCACUUCCUUACCUGUGUGUCUUCAUUCAGUCACGGUCCAACUCACAGCCACUUGCAUAUUGAUUGCAGCAACUGACCUUUCCUUACUUAUUGCUCCCUGCAGAAACUGGAAGAAUGGGCACUCAACAGAAAUAUCUCUCCAUUAUUUUCUAUUAGGAGAAGAGUAUAAAAAUGAUCUGGAAUCACUGGCCCCGUUCAGAUAUAGCAGCAAACAAUGGUUCUCCAGUAGGUGAAUGAGCUGCAGGCAUCGGGUUCCCCUACCCCAACCCAUGCAAAUAAGAGACCAAUGAAGCUGGUUUGGGGGGUCAAAACAGGCCACAACUUUAUUGAAUACAGAUGAAAGAGGUUUGGCUUGGGCAUGGGGCAAUCGAAAUACUUCCGGCCUGCCUGCCAGAAGUGAUACGUGGUCAUUCCAAAUGGCGGUUCCUAAUGUUGGGAUACUGGCGGGAAGAUGGGGCAUCAGGCAGGCUCCCAGCUGGCUCCAGCCACCGGCCGGUCUCCCUUGGAACAGCAUCAAUCAGCAACACGAGCCUCAGAUACGUUUAGAGACCCGUGCACGCCCUAUCAGCAGAGUGUGUAAAUCUUCUCACAGCAGAAGAGGCGGACAGAGAGAUGUGUAAGCAUAAUGUACAACAUUUAUUCAGCAUAGUUCAGGAACAGAGGAAAACAUGUCUGCUUCCCUUCGUCUCCAGCAAAACAGCAGCAGCACAAAAGCUAUAUACAAACGGAAGUUCCCAGCAAGUGCUGGAAGUAAACAGGCAUGUGACACACAACAGUCCUCUAGGAGGAAACUGAUUUGUGAUCUAUUUCAAUUCUGGUUUAGGCCUGGUUUUGGUAAGGAAACUGCUUUGGUUACCCUGUAUGAUGACCCCUGUCGGGAGAAAGACAGGGGAAAUGGGUCCCAGCUAAUUCUCCUCAACUUCUCAGUGGCUUUUGAGACCACCGACCAUGGUAUCCUUCUGGAACAGUUAUCCAAGUUGGGUGUGGGUGGCACUGCUUUGCAGUGAUUCUGGUCCUACUUGGAUGGUUCUUCCCAGAGGAGUGUUUUUCAGCCCUGUGGACCUUUCAGUGUGGGUUCAAUUCUAUCCCCUAUUCUGUUUAACAGUGACGCGGGUGGUGCUGUGGGUUAAACCACAGAGCCUAGGACUUGCUGAUCAGAAAGUCGGCAGUUCAAAUCCCCGCGACGGGGUGAACUCCUGUUGCUCGGUCCCUGCUCCUGCCAACCUUGCAGUUCGAAAGCACGUCAAAGUGCAAGCAGAUAAAUAGGUACCACUCCAGUGGGAAGGUAAACGGUGUUUCCGUGCGCUGCUCUGGUUUGCCAGAAGCGGCUUAGUCAUGCUGGCCACAUGACCCAGAAGCUGUACGCUGGCUCCCUCGGCCAAUAAAGCGAGAUGAGCGCCGCAACCCCAGAGUCAGUCAUGACUGGACCUAAUGGUCAGGGAUCCCUUUACCUUUACCUUUAUGCUGUUUAACAUCUACAUGAAAUCACCGAGUGGGGUCCUACCUGGGGGGAUGUUUCCAGAGGGUGAUGCUUAGAGAGUGCUAUUCAGCCCCGUGGAGCCUUCACUGUUUAAUUUUAUCUCCUGUGCCAGAGCUUUCCAAACUUUCCUUGUUGGCGACACACUUUUUUAGACAUGCAUCAUUUCAUGACGCAGUAAUUCAGUUUUACUAGCAAAUUGGAGGUUAAACUGACUGCUUUCCAGGAAGCGUUUGCACAACACACUUACGCACUGCAGCCAACACACUAACAUGUCGCAACACACAGUUUCAGAAAGCUCUGCCCUAGGCUGUUUAACAUCUACAUGAAAGCACUGAGUGGGGUUUUCUGGAGGCUUGGAGUACUUUGUCAGCAAUAUGCUGACGACACGCAGCUCUACUUCUCCUUUACACCUUCAGGUGAGGCAAUGGAUGAGCUGCACUGUUGUCUUGCUUGUGUAAUGGACUGGAUGAGAGCCAACAAACUGAAGCUCAGUCCAGUUAAGACUGAGACGCUGUUAGUGUUUGAAUGGAUGAGAGGUUGUCUGCUCUCCCCAAGCCUCACUCUCUUGACACUUCCCUGCAAGUAGGACUGGAAGCAGUGCAAAGUGGUGCCACCCACACCCAACAUGGACUGCGUUUUCUGAAGAAUACUGUUAUGAGAAUUUUAAGGUCUCAGAUAUAGAAUAAAUAUUCACAAAUGCACACAUAUCUAAAUACAUAAACUGUGUGUCUGAAAUAGUACGGAAGAGCAAACCUGAAGCCAUUUUGACUCUCCCAGUGACCUCAAAUAUUCCUCAAAUAAGGGAGGCAAAUGGGGAAAGGCUUCCCAUUGUCUUUUCGCUUACAAAUCCUGUCAUAAGGGCAUCUUUGUGUAUGAAUAGGGUGAGCCUGUGACCUGGAUUCAGGAACUAAAGUAUUAACCAUAAACAAAGAAUGGCCAGGCUGCCCAGGUAAUGCAAUUAGCGACCAUUAUCAGGUAUCCUGGCAGACAGGAUUUCUGUUGUAGACCCGUCUCCUAUGCUGUAUGUAUGAUGAUUUUGGGGUGGUUUUUGGCUAAGGGCCUUGGGCAAUGUCAAAAGUCUUUAAAGGUCCCUGCACACCUUUGUUCAGGGUCUCUCCCUCCUUGCAAGGAGGGGGAUGGAACUCUGUUGCAACAGAACAACUUUCCACUGGAUCCUGCCUCCAUCCAUUCUUCUCUGACCAACCAUGGACUUAGGGGACUCAGAGCCCCAUGGAGAGUUGGGCAGCCAAAGCCAAACCCCAAAUUUUACAUCAAUACCAUGGUUGAUGGUAUCAAAAGCCACUGAGAGGUCAAGGAGAAUGAACAGGGACACAUUCCCCCUGUCUCUCUGUACUGCUGUUUAGAACAGUUUAUGGCAGCUCCAUGGUUGAACAUUGUCCAAAACCUUGCUCUGGCCUCGAUACUUAUCUGGCCAAAGGACCCUGCCUUUUACGCCUGGGUUGUGAUAUUUCCCAUGCCCAAGCCUGGAAGAGGUUCACCCAACCCAUGACCCCCUCCGAAAGCCAGGAAAUGGAGGCCUCCCCCCCCCCCAGUUGGCUAUUUUCUCCUCUUCUUCCACCCGCCCCCCUUCCCAGGGAAAGUUUGCCACACGCUUUUCCAUUACAUGCCUGUUCAUGACCUUUCCGCUCCAACAAGAAAGAGUUAGCGAAGCACAUAGGCUCCGAUUCUUCUGCUAGCACAAAAGAUGGGAUUGUUGGCAGCCCUGUGGCACAGAAAACAUCUAAUUGACUCAACUUUCCCUGCUUGGGCUCUGAAUGUGUUUUCUGCCCGAGGGUAUAUCUCAGCAUUAUAGUGGCCCUCUAUAAGGAUGCGAAAUGCCUUGUUCUGUCACAGGCUAGGGCUAUGUCCAUGUGCAGGGCAGUCUCUGGAAUAGCUCAGAUCAUUUUCGGAACAAGCGCCCCUCACACGGGGCUGGAGAGCAAAACAGUGAGUGGGUGAAGGGAACGACAAGCCUGGCACGAAGGACUGUUUGAUGAGUCAGAGAAAACCAAGAUGGCCACUACCUUUCCUCAGUGCAUGAGCAAAAAGAAUGGAAAGGGAGGCACACCAGUCUCCAGAAAGAGCUUUCAGAUGUCAAGGAGAUAAAGAAUUGCACAACUUUUAGAAGACAUCUGAAGGCAGCCCUGUAUCGGGAAGUUUUUAUUGCUUGAAUUUUAAAAAUGUUUUUAGAUGCAAUGUGGACCCUGCAGGGUGGCUGGGGAGACCUGGCCGGAUGGGCAGGGUAUAAAUGGUACAAUUAUUAUUAUUAUUAUUAUUAUUAUUAUUAUUAUUAAAGAUAAAUUUGGGGUGAAUGGUGAAAAGGGGGACCCAGACUACCUAUCCUUUCAUCUCACACUGCUACCUGCAUUUUGUAACAAUGACAGCAAUGUCCCUCUAGACCAGGGCUUGGCAAAUCUUUUUAGCCACAGGCUGGUCCACUGUCCCUCAGACCUUGUGGCAGGCCACAGAAGCGGCACCAGGGAGGGAGCUGGAAGAAGAGGCAAGGGGGGGCAAGUAGUCUUCCUCCCCACCCCCCAGCUCCAGCUGCUGCACUUACUUUCCCUGGGGCUGCCACCACCACCACCACCACAACUGCUUCUUCUCUUGGGUAGAUAGAGCAAAUUCAUCCGCUCCGCUCUCUGGUCCGCAGGAGCAGCAGGGUGGCGGCAGCAGUGGAGGGAAAUUGAGUGGCACAAAAGGGCUGGCUCUGGAAAGGGGCUGCUUAAAAUGGCGCUCAGCCAGAUUACAAAAAAUCUCCCAAGAAAAUAAACUAAUGUUGAACUAUAAAAUAACUGAACAGGAGAUAGAAGGUGCCAUUCAGAAUAUGCAACUAGGUAAAUCUCCAGGACCGGACGGACUGACUUCUAGAUACUACAGAUCUUUAAAAGAAUGGUUAGUACAACCUUUGAAAGAAGUCUGUAAUGAAAUAAUGGAUGGGAAAAGGGCACCAGAGUCGUGGAAAGAAGCGUAUAUUACACUUGUACCGAAAACAGAGACUGAAAAGACGCAGCUUAAGAACUACCGCCCCAUAUCAUUGCUUAAUGUGGAUUACAAAAUUUUUGCAGAUAUUUUGGCUAAAAGACUAAAAAGAGUGCUACUGGAAGAGAGACAUAAAGACCAAGCAGGCUUUCUCCCGGGUAGACAUCUAUCGGAUAAUGUGAGAAGCAUAAUCAACAUUUUAGAAAAAUUACAAGUGAAUAUAAAUACUAAGGCAGUUUCAAUAUUUGUGGACGCGGAGAAAGCUUUUGACAACAUUUCUUGGAGUUUUAUGAAGAAGAACUUGCAGGGUAUGGGGGUAGGCCAAGGUUUUGAAAACGGUAUAGGUGCAAUAUAUUCUGAACAAAAGGCUAAAUUAAUUGUAAAUAAUGUGGUGACGGAAGAAUUUAAGAUAGAAAAAGGAACACGACAAGGUUGCCCAAUCUCCCCAUUACUUUUUAUAUCGGUCCUGGAGGUUUUGCUGAAUAUGAUAAGAAGGGACCAGUUGGUUAAAGGUAUACAAGUCGGAGCCAAACAGUACAAAUUGAGAGCAUUUGCAGAUGACUUGGUAUUGACGUUACAGGAGCCAGAAUCUAGUACCAAAAGGGUUUUAGAACUGAUUCAAGAAUUUGGUCAGGUUGCAGGGUUUAAACUGAAUAAGUCAAAAACCAAGGUUUUAGAGAAAAACUUAACACCAACUGAGAGAGAGAGGUUUCAGAAUGAGACAGGUUUAACAGUGGUCAAGAAAGUCAAAUACCUGGGGAUUAACAUGACAGCAAAAAAUGGGAAUUUAUUUAAAGACAACUAUGAAAAAUGCUGGGCUGAAGUGAAAAAAGAUUUAGAAAUUUGGUCAAAUUUGAAGCUUUCACUGCUGGGCCGUAUUGCUGUGAUAAAAAUGAAUGUAUUGCCUAGAAUGCUGUUUUUGUUUCAAACAUUGCAAAUUGUGGACAAAAUGGACUGUUUCAAGAAGUGGCAGAGAGAUAUUUCUAGAUUUGUCUGGCAGGGCAAGAAGCCUAGAAUAAAAUUUAAAAUACUAACAGAUGUAAAGGAAAGAGGUGGAUUUGCCCUGCCAGACUUUAAACUUUACUAUGAAUCAGCAGCUUUUGCUGGUUGAAAGAAUGGCUGCUUCUUGAAAACACAGACAUUUUGGAUUUAGAAGGUUUUAACAACGUAUUUGGAUGGCAUGCAUAUCUGUGGUAUGAUAAGGUCAAAGCGCAUAAAGCAUUUAAAAACCAUAUUGUCAGGAAAGCAUUGUUUAAUGUUUGGAUAAGAUAUAAGGACUUAUUGGAAAACAAAACCCCAAGGUGGCUGUCACCGAUGGAAGCGAAAGCUCAGAAAAAGCUCAAUAUGGAGGUCAAAUGGCUGAAAUAUUGGGAAAUUUUGGAACAAGAUGGAGAUAGACUGAAAUUGCAGAGUUUUGAGAAAUUAAAAAACAAAGUGCGAGACUGGCUUCAUUAUUAUCAGAUAAUGGAGGCAUAUAAUUUGGACAAGAAAAUUGGCUUCCAGGUGGAAAAAUCAAAAUUAGAAACAGAACUGUUAGAACCCAAAACUAAGAUUUUGUCAAAGAUGUAUAACUUGCUGUUGAAAUGGAAUACUCAGGAUGAAACGGUGAAAUCUGCUAUGAUUAAAUGGGCACAAGAUGUUGGACAUAACAUAAUGAUGGCUGACUGGGAACAGUUAUGGACCACAGGUAUGAAGUUUACGGCAUGCAAUGCCUUAAGAGAGAAUAUUAUGAAAAUGAUAUACAGGUGGUACAUGACACCAGUCAAGCUUGCAAAAAUCUAUCACUUGCCCGAUAAUAAAUGUUGGAAAUGUAAAGAAACUGAAGGUACAUUCUUUCACCUUUGGUGGAUGUGCCCAAGGAUUAAGGCUUUCUGGGAGAUGAUUUAUAAUGAAUUGAAAAAGGUAUUUAAAUAUACCUUCUUGAAGAAACCAGAGGCCUUUCUCCUGGGCAUAGUCGGCCAAUCGGUGUUAAAGAAGGAUAGAACUUUCUUUAUGUAUGCCACAACAGCAGCAAGAAUACUUAUUGCAAAGUAUUGGAAGACACAAGACCUACCCACUCUGGAAGAAUGGCAGAUGAAGGUGAUGGACUACAUGGAAUUGGCGGAAAUGACUGGCAGAAUCCGAGACCAGGGAGAAGAGUUGGUGGAAGAAGAUUGGAAGAAAUUUAAAGACUAUUUACAGAAAUACUGCAAAAUUAAUGAAUGUUAGAAUGAUGUUGGAUUGAAGUUAAGUGGUUUUUAGCUGUAAUGGUAUAAAAGAAUAUGAAAAAAUGGAUUUUUAACAGGUAAAAAUUUAAUGCUAUAAUAUAUUAAGAUUAAAGAUCAGGAUAAAACAAAGAGGGAAAGGAUUUGCUGAACUAAUAAAUUUAACUGGAAUACAAAAAAGGGAGGUAUGAGGAGGUCCGGGAAACAAGCAAAUGAAAGAUAAGUGAUGGAAAGAUUGAAUUGUUUUUAACUAUUUUUAUUUUCUAUUUUUUCUUUUUUUUCUUUUUCAUUUUGUAAUAUUGUGAAAACCCUAAUAAUUUUUUUUUUAAAAAAAAGAUAAAAAAAUAAAAAUAAAAUGGCGCUCAGCCAGCUCAGCCCAGCCCCCUACCUCCUCUAGGCAGGGCGUAGAAAAGCCAGGAGGAGGGAGGGAGGAGACGCCACCAUGCUGUGUUUGAGGGAGAGGAGGGGAAAUGGAAUGGCGCAGGAGGGGGGGAAUGGUGCAGCUCAAAUGAAUAGAAUCCUCACGCCAAUCCACAGACAGUCCACAGGCCAGAUCCUGAAGGCAAUUGGGCCUGAUCCGGCCCGCAGACCUUAGGCUGCCAACCCCUGCUCUAGACAACUACCAUUCUUUGCCCAGAUGCACAGCACAAAUAUCCCAUAGAGGAGGAGCUUUGGGGUGCGGGUGUGGAAUGGCAACUGCUAACCGGUGACCACUGAGAAAAGUGUGGGUGCUGCCACCACCGUGCCCCAAUUUGGACCCCUCCCUCCUUUAAAAAUCACCCAGACACUUCCGUUUUCAUUGCCUGUGGAUGAGUCAGUUAAAAUGGAGAGAAGCGUUUUGAUCCCGAGCAGUUUCAGUUUUGUAAAUUGAUUAUUGUUCAGUCUGCUCCCAUUGUUUUAACCGCUUGCAUUUGUUUGAUUAUUUUAGUACACUUAGGAGAUUUAUUUCCUGAUCUGGUUAGCUUGAGCUGUCCAGGGCUGGGCCGCCUAUGAGGUGGACUGAGGCAGCUGCCUCAGGCGGCAGAAUCUAAAGGGAUGCUGCUGCCCAUGUGUUCUCCGCCUGCCCAAUCACAGCAGAGAACUGAGAAGAAGCGGAAGCAUCUUUCAGCAAAAUCUUGUGAGAGCCCUGUGAAAUCUCAAAAGAGCAGUUCGACAGGGGAAAAGGCUCCUUCUGGAGGUGGUGGACUCUUCUCCCUUGGAGGUUUUUAAGCAGAAGUUGGGUGGUCAUCUGUCUUGGUUGCUUUCAUUGAAAUUCCUGCAUUGCAGGGGGUUGGACUAGAUGACCCUUGGGUACAUAAUAAUAAUAAUAAUAAUAAUAAUAAUAAUAAUAAUAACAACAACAAUAAUAAUUACAUUCGACAACUGAAGUUCCACUGUAGGUAUUAUCUGGAUUCUGUGUUAUUAGGUUUUGUAAUAAAAAUACUGUAAUAGUAAGAUAAGGACAGCAGGGAGACUGUAGACUACAAUUUAAAAAAAAUUUAUGAAGGAAAAAGGUAUCUUUUCUAGUUGUUUCAAAUACCUGUGGAGCUUCAAGUAAAACUUGGCUAGCACAGAUAAACCUUGCAGUUGUGGCUUCUGAGUCGGUGUCCGAAAUAGCCUUAUAGCACCACCUGUGUCAUUUAUCAUGGAGAUAAUUUCCUGGGAAUAAUAGGCAGCUGCGCACACAAUGGGGCAAAUCUGCUGGAGGUUCUUAGGCAGGUAUAAGACGACUCAGUGACACAACUCAUUAGCGCCCUGAGGAUUCAUUAGGGAGUUAGUAUUCUAACCAAAGGUCCCCUAAGGUUUAAAGAACCUCUGAAUUAUCCGGCUGUCUUCCUUGAUGGAAUGGGUGCAUUUUGCAAGGUAGGAAUUUCCCUACAUCAUCGUGGAAUCUUGCUUUGUUGAUGUGCUUGUAGAAAGGAAGGGACUUUGCUCUGAACGGUGACGGGGAGUCAAGCAGAUAUUAUUUUCUGAAAGCAGGAUGUGCUUCAGCAGAUGGGGACUCUUGGGGAAUAGGACUCCUCCGUUUACAGGUAUUCUCAGGAUGCCCUUGGUUUAACAUACAGCACUUGGUAAUUGAAUUAGCUCCUGGGGUUUCUGGUGCUAAUUUCAUUAAUGGGUUUCGAGCAGGUAUCUCUUUAACACCCAUGUCCUAAACACAUUCAAUAGAAGGAAGUAGGCUUCCUGGAAAUCAAACUUGGAAGCAGAAAUAAACGCCAGACCCUGCUUACUACUGCAGCAGGUCCUGUAGCAUAUGGGCAUCUAGAAUAUCUCUGCUCUUUUCUGUAGGUUCCAGGAUAUAUUUAUUUAACGCAUCCCCCCCCCCCCCGUAUACCUAGGACUUGGAAUGAGUGAUAUAGGGCGUGUACUGUAUUAUCGGCUUAAAACGCAGAUAGGUCGUUCUUUUCCUCAAUUCUGAUGGAAGCUGUUUUUGAGAGAAAUGUAUCAGAAUACAGUACAGGCAGCAAGCGAUUUGCAUGGGGGUUACCUUCCGGACCCCUGCACACAUUGGCGGGGUGCCUGUAAGGCCCCUUUCCGCUCCCACUCUUGCCCGAUUCCACCCCUUUUGUGACAUUUUUUGGUGAUGUUUUCAGGUCACGUCUGGGUUCCACAUGAUGCUUGCAUGUGCGGUUCUGCACAUAUCAGAUGUGCUUAUACGGUCGCUGCCUGUAUUUCGUAAGAAAUGACAGGAUAGAAACAGGAUAGCUAUGGAUUGUGGCUAACCAUAUAACACUGGUCCUGAAAUACCUACAUUGGUUCACAGUACAUUUCCGAGCACAAGUCAAAGUGUUGGUGCUGACCUUUAAAGCCCUAAAUGGCCUCGGCCCAGUACAGUGGUAACUCGGGUUACAGACGCUUCAGGUUACUCAUUUUUGGUGCUCAUCAAUGGUUCCUCUUCAUCCUGGAGAAGAGUGACUAGUGGGGUGCCACAGGGUUCUGUCUUGGGCCCGGUCUUAUUCAACAUCUUUAUCAACGACUUGGAUGAUGGACUCAAGGGCAUCCUGAUCAAAUUUGCAGAUGACACCAAACUGGGAGGGGUGGCUAACACCCCAGAGGACAGGAUCACACUUCAAAACGACCUUGACAGAUUAGAGAACUGGGCCAAAACAAACAAGAUGAAUUUUAACAGGGAGAAAUGUAAAGUAUUGCACUUGGGCAAAAAAAAUGAGAGGCACAAAUACAAGAUGGGGGACACCUGGCUUGAGAGCAGUACAUGUGAAAAGGAUCUAGGAGUCUUGGUUGACCACAAACUUGACAUGAGCCAACAGUGUGACGCGGCAGCUAAAAAGCCAAUGCAAUUCUGGGCUGCAUCAAUAGGAGUAUAGCAUCUAGAUCAAGGGAAGUAAUAGUGCCACUGUAUUCUGCUCUGGUCAGACCUCACCUGGAGUACUGUGUCCAGUUCUGGGCACCACAGUUCAAGAAGGACACUGACAAACUGGAACGUGUCCAGAGGAGGGCAACCAAAAUGGUCAAAGGCCUGGAAACGAUGCCUUAUGAGGAACGGCUAAGGGAGCUGGGCAUGUUUAGCCUGGAGAAGAGGAGGUUAAGGGGUGAUAUGAUAGCCAUGUUCAAAUAUAUAAAGGAUGUCACAUAGAGGAGGGAGAAAGGUUGUUUUCUGCUGCUCCAGAGAAGCGGACACGGAGCAAUGGAUCCAAACUACAAGAAAGAAGAUUCCACCUAAACAUUAGGAAGAACUUCCUGACAGUAAGAGCUGUUCGACAGUGGAAUUUGCUGCCAAGGAGUGUGGUGGAGUCUCCUUCUUUGGAGGUCUUUAAGCAGAGGCUUGACAACCAUAUGUCAGGAGUGCUCUGAUGGUGUUUCCUGCUUGGCAGGGGGUUGGACUCGAUGGCCCUUGUGGUCUCUUCCAGCUCUAUGAUUCUAUGAUUCUACUCCGCUAACCCAGAAAUAGUACCUCGGGUUAAGAACUUUACUUCAGGAUGAGAACAGAAUUCAUGCAGUGGUGGCACGACGGCAGCGGGAGGCCCCAUUAGCUAAAGUGGUACCUCAGGUUAAGAACAGUUUCAGGUUAAGAACGGACCUCCAGAACGAAUUAAGUUCUUAACGCGAGGUACCACUGUAUAGCUGAAGGAGCGUCUCCACCCCACUGAGGUCCAGCUCCAAGGGCCUUCUGGCAGUUCCCUCACUGUGAGAAGUGAGGUUACUGUGAGAAGUGAGGUUACAGGGAACCAAGCAGAGGGCCUUCAGGGUAGUGGCGCCCGUCCUGUUGAAAGCCCUUCCAUCCGAUGUCAAGGAAAUAAACAACUAUCUGGCAUUUAGAAGACAUCUGAAGGCAGCUCUGUUUAGGGAAGUUUUUAAUGUUUGAUGUUUUAUUGAGCUUUUAAUAUUCUGUUGGGAGCCACCCAGAGUGGGCAGGGUAUAAACAACAACACAUCCCAAACUGUGGUGGGACUUCACUAGAUAUGGAGUAAAUGGGAGUGUGUGGGGUGUGUGGGGUUCGAGGCAUACUGUACAACCCCAAAUAACAUCUACUUGACCCAUUUUUCUUAUUGGACUCUUACACUGCAUACUAGAUUUGAAACCCCAUACCGACUCUGGGGUUGCGGCACUCAUCUCGCUUUAUUGGCUGAAGGAGCCAGUGUACAGCUUCUGGGUCAUGAUGCCAGCAUGACUAAGCCGCUUCUGGCGAACCAGAGCAGCGCACGGAAACGCCGUUUACCUUCCCACCGGAGUGGUACCUAUUUAUCCACUUGCACUUUGAUGUGCUUUCAAACUGCUAGGUUGGCAGGAGCAGGGACCUAGCAACGGGAGCUCACCCCAUCGCGGGGAUUGGAACCGCCGACCUUCUGAUCGGCAAGCCCUAGGCUCUGUGGUUUAACCCACAGCACCACCCACGUCCCUGCAUUGGACAUAGAAGCCCACAGAUUGUGGAUCUAGUUCAUUUUAGGUGACCAGUCUUUAGUCAGGUGAAUAAAACUGAAUGGUUUUGACUUGAAAUGUAAUAAGUGACUGAUUUCUGCAGCAUUUGAGAUGUCGUGGAGUUGGAGUAACUUCAUGGAGAGGAGUGUGUUGAAUAAUUAUCAAUCAUAUUUGAUCUGGUGCAGCCAGCCUUUCUGGAUGGAGAGCAAAUCCGAACGCCUUAAAGAGGCUGAUGUGUCAAGGAAGUAAGUGGAUUACACUGGGCUUCCUUUUUGUUUUUUUUUAAAUGAAUCUAGGUUAGCAUCUGCUUAGUGCCCUACACACUCACACACAGAGCGAACAGGACAUUGUUGAUCUAGGUUGGACUGCCCAAUUUAUAUAAGCUCUAUGCAGCUGACCCCUCCCCUCCCCCCCCCCACAAUAAAUUCAGCAAACAAGUGAUGAGGAAGUAGGAAGAUGCAGCCGUGCAUUUGGUGCUUGGGCAUAGGCAAACUUGGUCCUUUGGGUGUUUUGGGACUACAGUUCCCAUCAUCCCUGACCACUGGUCCUGUUAGCUAGGGAUGAUGGGAGUUGUAGUCCCAAAAACAUCUGGAGGGCCGAGUUUGCCUAUAAUAAAUAAUCAUAAUAAUUUUUUAUUUAUACCCCGCCCUCCCCGGUUCAGAAACCGGGCUCGGGGCGGCUAACAACAAAUUUAAAACACUGAAUUGUAAUACAACAUAAAAGCAGCAUAAAAUACAGUAUAAAAACACGAAUAACAAUAAAAUUCAAAGUUCAAAAACCAGUUUGGGGAAAAUCCAUCCAGUAAGCAUUAGGUAGUCACCAGGGCUAGCUGGCUGAAUUAGUCCUACUUGGGCCAAUGAGGAGGCCAGGGGAGAAUUAGAUGUGAGGUCUCAGAGCGGGCAAUCUUCCUAAAAAGGGAGGGGGAGGGAAGAGAAGGGAAAUAAAAGAUCAGGCGGAAUUCAAAUUAAAGGCCAGGCGGAAUAGCUCUGUCUUACAGGCCCGACGGAAAGAGGUUAAAUCCUGAAGGGCCCUAGUCUCAUGGGACAGAUCAUUCCACCAAGUUGGAGCCAUCACUGAAAAGGCCCUGGCCCUGGUGGAGGAUAGUCUGACUUCCUUAGGGCCCAGGACCUCUAAACUAUAUUAUUCAUGGACCUUAAGGUCCUCUGCGGGGCAUACCAGGAGAGGUGGUCCCCCUAAGCCAGAAAGGGCUUUAAAGGUCAAAAUCAACACCUUGAACCUGACCCUAUACCCCACUGGGAGCCAGUGCAAUUGGUAAAGCACUUGGUGAAUAUGCUCCCAUGACAGGGACCCUGUGAGGAGCCUCGCUGCAGCAUUCUGCAUGCGCUGGAGUUUGUGGGACAGUUUCAAGGGCAGCCCCGCGUAGAGUGAAUUACAGUAGUCAAGCCUGGAGGUGAGUGUCACAUGGCUCACUGUGGCCAGAUUGGGGCGGGAAAGGUAAGGGACCAACUGCUUAAUGUGGUGAAGAUGGAAACACGUUGCCUUAGUUGUUGCUGCAACCUGCGCCUCCACGGAAAGGGAGGCGUCAAGGAUUACACCCAAACUCUUAACGGAAGGCAAUGGCACUAAUUGGGCCCCCGCAAGAGAAGGGAGUUGGUCCCUCAUCCCCAUGCCAUCCCGACCUAGCCAGAAGACCUGUCUUUGAAGGAUUAAGUUUCAAUUGGCUCCCACGAAACCAUCCAGCCACAGCUUCCAAGCAUCUGGUCAGUGUGUUCGGGGCCGAGUCGGUGUGGCCAUCCAUCAGCAGAUAGAGCUGAGUGUCAUCAGCAUAUUGGUGACAACCCAGCCCAAAGCUCCGGACAAUCUGGGCAAGGGGCUGCACAAAGAUGUUAAAAAGCAUCAGGGAGAGGAUUGUGCCCUGCGGCACUCCACACACCAAGGAGUGGCGCGAUGACAUCUCCCUCCCUAGCGCCACCCUCUGUCGCCGACCAGAGAUAAAAGAGCACAGCCAUUUACGGGCUGUGCCCUGUAUCCCCACAUCGGUGAGGCUAUACAGUGGUACCUCAGGUUAAGUACUUAAUUCGUUCCAGAGGUCCGUACUUAACCUGAAACUGUACUUAACCUGAAGCACCACUUUAGCUAUUGGGGCCUCCUGCUGCUGCCGUGCCACCGGAGCACAAUUUCUGUUCUCACCCUGAAGCAAAGUUCUUAAUCUGAAGCACUAUUUCUGGGUUAGCGGAGUCUGUAACCUGAAGCGUAUGUAACCUGAAGCGUAUGUAACCCGAGGUACCACUGUAUAUGCAUGCAGAGUUCUUGCAUGUGAGCAAGGACCUUGGUUAGACACUCUACAUAUUUAGAGUCUGCAGGUCAAGGAAUAAAAUCUCUUGUCAGCAAGAGGCAAGCUGUUUUCCUUGACAGCCCAUCCCCUUUGCAGCACCACACUCCCAAAGAGGUGAACCAAAAGAGCAUUCGAAUCAUGCAAUACUGUUGGGCUUCGGCUUGUGCUCUUGGUUCCACCUCCUCCAGACUCCGUGCCUGUCUAAAUUGCACCCACUCACUGCCCGCCCAAACACUAUCCCUCAGGUCCUGUACUAAAGUCCUUGUCUAAUGGUCUUAACACCUGGAAACCCAGUUGGAUGAACACGGGUCACAUGCUGCAGAGCACUCACGCAGUUAAAUUAAGGGUGAAAUGUAAAAAGUCCAAAUUCUCACCAGGCUUCCUUUAAAAAAAAAAAAGUAAUAAGAAACAACAUGAAGCAAUGCCUUACUGAUGCCGAAAUGAUUUUGGGGAGUCUAUAUGCUUAUAGGUCAAAAGAGCGGUUUCAACCAUUUUCUCUCUCCUUUUCCUGUUCUCUCUCUCUCUCUCUCUCUCUCUCUCUCAGACUACUGUAAGAUAUAGAAUAGGUAAAGGGACCCCUGACCAUUAGGUCCAGUCGUGGCCGACUCUGGGGUUGCGGCGCUCAUCUCGCUUUAUUGGUCAAGGGAGCCGGCGUACAGCUUCCGGGUCAUGUGGCCAGCAUGACUAAACCGCUUCUGGCAAACCAGAGCAGCGCACGGAAACGCCGUUUACCUUCCUGCCGGAGCAGUACCUAUUUAUCUACUUGCAAUUUGAUGUGCUUUCGAACUGCUAGGUUGGCAGGAGCAGGGACCGAGCAACGGUCACCCUGUCGCGGGGAUUCGAACCGCCGACCUUCUGAUCGGCAAGUCCUAGGCUCUGUGGUUUAACCCACAGCACCACCCGCAUCCCAAGAUAUAGCAUAGUUUAUGCCAAUUUACAACUGGUAGUCAAGGAAGAUGGGAUGGCUGUGCCAGGUUUAUGAGAUUAUAAUGAAGAAUUUGUUUUGACACAAACAAGUAAAUGGGAAGACGAUGACCAUAGGAAACUGAUGUUCACUGGUCCAUCUAGUUCAGCACUGGCUAUGCUCACUGGGUGAGCAUAAAACCACUGAGCCUCUUGGGCUUGCCGAUCAGAAGGUCAGCGGUUCGAAUCCCCAAAAGGGGUUUUGCUCCCAUUCAGUGCCAGAUUUACAUAUAAGCUAAACAAGCUAUAGCUUAGGGCCCCACUCUCUUGGAGGCCUGCAAAAAAAUUUAAAGGUAAAAAAUCCUGGAUGUACAUUUCCAAAAUAUAAGAUAAAAAACAAAUAAAAUAAAACCUACAUACAGCAACUGUGUUUUGUGUUGUGUAGGCGCCUAUGAUGUAAAUAAUGGGCCCCGCCUGCUAGCCUGCUCCCUAAAAUAUCACUGGUUUGCUCAACAAACAGUGACAAUUUGUUGUUGACAAAGGACAGCUGGACAUAUAAAGGGCCCCAUUACCUUCAGUAGCUUAGGGCCUCAUCAAACCUAAAUCCAGCCCUGCUCCCGUUGCUCUGUCCCAGCUCCUGACAACCUAGCAGUUCAAAAACACACCAGUGCAAGUAGAUAAAUAGGUACCACUGUGGCGGGAAGGUAAACAGUGUUUCCAUGCUCUCUGGUUUCCGACAUGGUGUUUCUGUUGCUCCAGAAGUGGUUUAGUCCUGCUGGCCACAUGACCCGGAAAGCUGUCUGUGGACAAACGCCACUCCCUUGACCUGAAAGUGAGAUGCGUGUCGCUGGACUUAACCGUCCAGGAGUCCUUUACCUUUUACCUUAAACGAGAGACUUUAACCGGGAUUGAACCUGCAACCUUUCGCUUGCAAACCCUGUGCACUACCUGCCCCUGCCAUCUUAAAGAAAAAGGGCUCUGAGCUCCAACAAUUGAGGCUGAAAGGGACAUAUGAAUACAGGUAGGAAUGGGAUAUAGGUAUUUUCCUAAUUAUGAUCCUUUAUGAAAAUUGUGAGACGCACCAUAUUUUUAAAGCACAAUCUGCUCCCAUAAAGAAUCUUGGGAACUUUAGUUCAUCCUUCACAAAGCUACAAUUCCCAGCACCCUGAACAAACUACAGUUUCAGGGUUUUUGGGUAUGGAUGGAUGUGCUUUAAAUGUAUGGCGUAUAUGCAGACUUUAGUUGGAAAAAUACCUCUUUGAUUUGGGAUACAAUCUUUGGAGGAUAUGAAUGAUAAUGGCACUAUCUGGGCAACUUUUAAGUUUUGGCAGAUGGGGUUCUUUCUCAUAUCAGGAAAAAUUACAUUACUCGCAAGUUUUUCUUAUAUUAUUUGCUUAUUUCAACAAUUUAUUCAACACUUAACUUAGUUUCUAAGUGGCUUACAAUGAGGUUACAAAAGAGAUAGAAAAGCUAAAAUCAGUCAAAGGUGUAAGUUUAAUAUGCAUAAAGUGCUAUGCUUGAAUGCACUGUAUUUAAAAAACGCUUUGCAGAGAGGUUUGCAUUGUCACUGGAAUCCUGAGGGAUCUCUCACAGCAGGAAGGUGAAACCUGAGAACUCAGCGCCUUUGUCAGUCAAUUGAGCUCAGCUCAGUGCUUUAUCAAGCAAGUUGCUUAGGAUCUCUGUCUGGUACCAGAGAGAGAAAACAGCACUGAGCUGUAUUAAGGACUAAAAAGAAGCCUGAACUGCAUUGGUUGCUUGUUUAAGAGCAAUGUGUUACUUUGUAUUUUGGAACAUUUAUUUGUAACUAUUUUAAGACUUGUUUCCAGCAAAGCUUUGAAACUCAUUCUUGUGGUGGGGAGGAAAUUCACAUCUACUUUGCACAAGGUCUAGAUAAGAGACUCCACCUGCAGCAACUAUAACAAUCUGCAAUCCUUUGGUAUCCUACACCAAAGUUGUUAAGUACAUCAAUCCAAGAACUUUGAACUUGGCCUGGUGGCAGUAGGGACCUGCUGAUAACAAAAUGUGGACUGCACAGUUUUGGAGACUCCAUCAGCGUCUGUUGUUGCAGGACAUUUCGAAGCUACUUCUCCCAGUUUCAAUUAUUAUAAAUUUCUGAUAGGUGGUAGCAUGGAACCUCUAGGGAAGAAUAUAGAGGUUUGGAAUAAGGACUUUAAUAAGGUCAUUCAUCCUAAUCAAUGGAGGUAAAUAUUACUGCUGCUGCUGAAAGUCUUGAUAUAAGACUGCAAUGAAUAUAGUUUGAAAUUAUUCAGAGAGUUUAUUGGAGGCCUCAGAAAUGCAUACAGUUGAAAUUACUACAGCUGAAAUUAGAAGUAGAUUUUUGGAUUAUUAGACAAUUUCUUGGUUAUUUUGGCAAAGAAGUGCCUUCCCCCCCCCCAGAUGUUUCUAAAUGUCGUUAUUAUUUAUUUUAUGUUUGUUAUAGUGUAUCAUUAAUAAUAAUUUAUCUUUGUGACAUGUUUAGGUUUUUUUUUUAAAUAAAGUUUUUAUCUCCAGAAGGUUUAUUGUGGGAGGGCUUGAGAUGAAGUAAAGGUAAAGGGACCCCUGACCAUUAGGUCCAGUCGUGGCCGACUCUGGGGUUGCGGCGCUCAUCUCAGUGGUCUAACCCACAGCGCCACCCGCGUCCCUAAAUUGCCUAGAUGUUAGCCAAAAUAUAUUGCUUGAUAUAUAACCAUUUGAAAGUUAUUUCUGUAAACUUGUUAUUAACUUGUUCUGUACACUUGUAACUCUCCAACUAUUUGACUUAACCCCUGAACGCGUUACUCUUCCGUGGUCUCCCAAAACAGAUGGAUGUCAACCAACCAGACAAUAGCAUUGUUAAUAGAAAAAAAAGUUAGGAGAAGAUAAGGGAAGGAGCCAAUGGGAGAGCUAGCCAGGAGUUGCAGCGGUUAUGUUCUGUCCUUUCACCUGGGACAAUUGCAAGGAAUAAGCAUGCAAUUGCCCUGGUCUUCAGCAGCAGUCAGGUCAACUGACUCAGAAGAGGAGGGACCACAGAGUGCUGGUGGUUUCUCUUUUCCUGCAGGAUAACUGGGCAAGUCCUUUUUUUCACAGCAUGAGAGAUGACAUCAUUUGUUGAAGCGAUAUUUGUUUGCUGUUGUAACCUUUAGAUGAUGGAGGACAAGUUUGGCGUGACAAAUGAUCCCUGUGUUAUGCUUUCGAAGCAACAGGUUAGGGUAUGGCACCUACAUUUCUUGACCCAUUAUUUUAUCAGUUCCUUAUCCCCCCCCCGGUCCUUUCCUGCCUCCCAUGGGGCAAAUCCGUAGCCCUAGAGCAGGGGUCAGCAAACUUUUUCAGCAGGGGGCUGGUUCACUGUCCCUCAGACCUUGGGGGGGGGCCAGACUAUAUUUUGAAAAAAUAAAAUGAACGAAUUCCUAUGCCCCACAAAUAACUCAGAGAUGCACUUUAAAUAGAAGCACACAUUCUACUCAUGUCAAAACUGUUGGUUUCUGCUUUCCUUCACUGUGCAGCUCUGCUUGUCACGAGACAGGUGUUUACAUUCCACAGUCUGUACUGUUGGAGUUUCUCACGGGAAAGGGAGACUGGAUGUGACGUACACUGGUUUCCUGUUUUUUCACUGUGUGAUUCUCUCCGAGCUGUCGAGGAGAGAGGAUGCAUUUUUCUGCUCCGGCAGAGGCAAGAUGUCUUUCUGUAAUAUACCAGCUUUGAACUGUAAAUAAAGCAAUAUAGAGUAUGCAGCACGUAUUCCUCAUCCUUCCGCUGGGCACGACAGACUCUGCUUUAAAUCAACACGUGGUUAUGGGCUCCAGAAGUCGAAUCGGAGUGCCGGCAAAGGAUCGGAAUGCAGAGGGACAGAUCGGAACGGAAUCUGCUCUGCGCGUAGAGGUGAUUGAUGAGGUAUGUGCUACUGCUCCGGGCAGCCUGCCAGCUUCAAGUUAAUGGCUUUAUGGCUGGACUUUGAACUUUUAAAACCGGUUUUGCCGGGAAUAGGCAAAAGGCUCCCAGGCACAAGUCACUAUGCUGGGGAAAUCGAAGUAACUUUUAAGUGCGCUUUUGUAAUGAAGCAGCUGCAGCAGUGACGCAGCAAGAUUUAAAGCAGCAUAUGACGCUGAAGGCUAAUGCCAGAGUCAUGAUGGCCCUUCAGGAUGCUUGUGGGAUUCCUAAGCUCAACAAGAAAAAUUAUGCCGACUGGGUUCAGUAUGCAGAGGCAAUUCUGCGGAAAGAGGGUUUGUUUGAGGUGAUUACAGGAACCCCCCCCAGUUCCAGUUACAGAUGCAUGGGAAGCUAAGGAUUCCAAAGCAAGGGGAACUCUUACAUUGAUAGUAUCCCCAGAAGAGCUCUGUCUAUUGCGUGAUAAGACCUCAGCCAGAGAAAUUUGGGACGCUUUGAGAGAGGCUCACUUAAGGACAGAAGCUGGAUCCACUAUGUUUUACUUUAACAAGCUGCAUAAUAUGGCUCUUGCUGAAGGUGGAGAUGUGCGUUUACAUCUGAUGGAGAUGCAAAAUCUGAGACAUGAGCUGCAACAGAGAGGACUCAACUUUCCAGAGGCUGUGUAUUCUUUCAUGAUACUACAAUCUUUGGGUUCAGGUUGGGAGUCUGUUGCAACCCAGAUUGCUGUGCAACCAACUGCUCAGCUGACAGUGGACUUUGUUACUGCCGUGAUUUUAAAUGAAGCAGAUCGCCGGGGUGCUAGCUGCAUGGGCAAGGGGAGUCUUCACAGACGUCAUCCCAUAGUGCAGUGGAACCACCAGAUGGCGCCAAAGCUUUGAAGGCAGUGAAAUGCUACUCGUGUGGACGUCUAGGCCAUAUGAAGAGGGAAUGCAGACAUCCCAGGGCCAAGACAGAGCAGCGCAGCGAAAGCUCAUCGCGCGGAAAAGGCCGAGGCAAAGGCAAAGGUCCGGUGUCUAGGACAACGCAGCACAAGGCUAUGGUUUCACGCUUCACUCCAAAGGUUGCAGAGGUCCAGAAGACGUCUAGAUCUUUCUUCGUUGUUGAUUCAGCGGCCACCCACCACAUGUGCAACGAUAAGAGACUGUUUGUGUCUUUACACCGCAGGAAGGUGCGAUUCACCAGGCGGAUGACCACACUAUUCCCAGUAAAGGCUACGGAACUGUUGUUCUUCACAGUUUGGACUUAUCGAUACAGAAUGUGCUUUACGUGCCAGACGCCAAACAUAAUCUGCUCAGCGUUGGACAGCUGAAUGAGCGGAACAUUGACGUUUCCUUCAAGAACAAGAAGUGCAUCAUCACAAAGAAAAAUGAUUAUGUAUUGCAUGCAGAAUAUGUUGAUCAUUUGUUUGUUUUGUAUUAUGAUGAUGUGGUGCAGGAUGACACUUGUUGCGUUGCAGGUUCUAACAAAAGUUUGCAUGCAGAAUGUAUUCACGAUUUUCAUCGAAAAUUUGGUCAUUUGCAUUUUGAGGCAGUAUCUAAAAUGCCUGCCUUGGUUGAAGGUAUGACUAUUAAACCCUGCAGGUACCACAUGAAGUGCAAAGCAUGCGCAGCAAACAAGGUGAAAAUGGCUGCGAAAGGUAAGGUGUCUAGUAGGAAAGCUACAGAACCAUACCAGGUUGUUCAUGCUGAUUUGGUUGGACCACUAGCGCCCUCUUUGGGUGGAAAUAGAUACUUCAUGGUUCUCAUUGAUGCAUUUUCUAGAUAUAUUUUUGUAUACAAUAUCAAGCAGAAAUCGGAGGCUUUUCCUAGGUUCAAGGAAUUCUGUGCUUGGUUGGAAAAUGUGCAUGGUAAGAAGAUAAAGACUCUUUUCAGUGAUCGCGGGGGGGAAUUCACUUCUCAGCAGUUUGAAGCUUUUCUGACUGAGAAAGGAAUUCAACACGAUUUGUCUAGUCCUCGCUCGCCAUGGCAGAAUGGACUUGCGGAACGGGCAAAUCAGACAUUGCUUCAAGGGGUAAAAACCUUGCUGCAUGAUGCCAAUCUUCCAGAGAGUUAUUGGGCCGAAUCUCUCUCGUGUUUUGUUUACAGUUACAAUCGCAGGUUAUCUUCAGCGAUUGGUUGUACCCCCUAUGAGAAGAUGUUUGGCAAGAAGCCAUACAUCAAACACAUGAAGAUUUUUGGUUCUGACAUGUGGGUUCGCUCACAACAAAACUCCAAGUUAGACAAGCGUGGAUUACAUGGUAUCUUUCUAGGUUAUCAGAAAGGGUCUUACAGAAUAAUGAUGACUGACUCUAAGACAAUUAAGCUCACGAGAAGUGUCGAGUACAAUGCAAAGUGGGGGGAGAAUGUGGGAAUUUUCCAAUGUUAUCCUGAUGACGGUGAUGAGACUGAGGAUAGUCAAAAGCAACCACAACAACCCACACCCACUGAUGAAGGUUCUGAGUCUGAAUCUGAAACUGAAUCGGGUGAUUCAGAGGAUUUCAAGAGUGCGAAAGCCUCUAUGCGACCCUCUGAAAGCUCUGAUCAAGAAUUGGAGGAACCAUUGUUCACAAUAGGUCGUUUUUCUCCUAAGAAGGAAGAGGAGAGUGUUGAAGACUUAAGGCUAAUUCGUAGGUCACAGAGAGCCACAAAAGGCAAACCUCCAAAGAGAUUUGCUGAUGAGUUUGCUACGAUAGCAGUAACAGCUGUUAAAAGCUCCAAGAAGGUAUUUGAACCUUCAAGUUUCCAAGAAAUCCAGGGUUUGGAUUCGAAGGAAGCUGAGCCAUGGUUAAAUGCCAUGAAGGCUGAGCUUGAUUCCUUAGAAAGGAACAAAACAUGGGAGCUAGUUCCAGUAGUUCCAGGAAUGAAACUGCUUGGAAGCAAAUGGGUCUUCAAAGCGAAGACAGAUCAAAAUGGCAAGAUAGUCAGACACAAAGCCAGAUUGGUAGCCAGAGGUUUUGCACAGGUACCAGGUGAAGACUAUCACGAGACCUAUUCACCCACAGUGAGAUAUGAAAGCAUUAGGCUUAUGCUUAAGCUAGCUGCAGAGGAAAAUCUACACAUUAGUCACCAUGAUAUUAAUACAGCUUUUCUGUACGGAUCUCUAGAUGAAUCACUUUAUAUGCUUCCACCUGAUGGCGUACAGGUAAAACAGGGAUUUGUUUGUGCUCUGAAGAAAUCCCUUUAUGGUCUCAAACAAAGUGCACGGUGUUGGCACACAAAACUCACUGAAGUAUUGUUUUCUCUAGGUUUUCAGCAAGGGAAAGCUGAUCCAUGUGUAUUUGUCAAAGAGGAGGGGCAAAAGAAACUGUACUGUUUGUUUUAUGUUGAUGAUUUAUUAUUCUUUUGGAAAGAUAUUGCAAUGUACAAUAGCGCCUAGCUCAACUGAAAGAGCACUUUGACAUGAAAGAUCUUGGUGAGGUAAACAACUACCUAUCUCUGGAAAUAGAGAGAAAUCAAGAUGGUAACAUUCUAGUACACCAGUCACGGAAAAUUGCUGAUGUGUUAAGCAAACUAAAUCUGAUAGAUGCUAACCCUGUAAACACACCGAUGACAACAGGUUAUCAGGUAGAUGACACUGAAAAAGCAUUUUCUGACACUACACUGUACAGGAGUGUGCUAGGCAAGCUAAACUUCAUUGCCAGAUGUUCAAGACCAGACAUUGCUGUUAGCUGUAAUUUGCUAAGCAGACAAGUCAACAAUCCUAGUGUCAAGGAUUGAAAGCUCUGAAACGCAUAGCGCGGUAUUUGAAAGGCACUAUGCAUUACAGACUGAGAUUUAACAAUCAGAAGUCUGGUGGUCUUGAGAUAUUUGCAGAUGCAAGUUUUGGAAGUGACGCUACAGACAGGAAAAGUACGUCUGGAGUUUGCUACAUGUACAAUCAGAGUCUGUUUGAUUGGUCAUGCAAGAAGCAAACAACAGUUAGCUUAAGUACUUGUGAAGCUGAACUGAAUGCACUGUCUUAUUCACUUAAGGAUUGUGAAUGGUUAGUACAAUUGUGCAAAGAUAUGAAAAUUCCUGUCAAAUGUCCAAUCCAGGUUUACCAGGACAACAAAGCAUGUUUGGCUUUGCUGAAGUCUGAAGGUUGUAAGCAAAGCACAAAGCACUUGCAAUUAAAGUUGCAGCAUGCUAGGGAAUGUAUUCAGAAGGGACUCGUAACGGUGUCCUAUAUGCCAGGUAAUGAAAUUCCUGCUGAUGUAUUGUCCAAGAUUGUAUCAAGGGAUCAACACUGUACCUAUGUGCAGAAGUUGGGUUUGUACUGAUAUUGUACAAACACGCUGCCCAGUGAUGUUCACAGAAAGGGGGAGGAUGUUGGUUUCUGCUUUCCUUCACUGUGCAGCUCUGCUUGUCACGAGACAGGUGUUUACAUUCCACAGUCUGUACUGUUGGAGUUUCUCACGGGAAAGGGAGACUGGAUGUGACGUACACUGGUUUCCUGUUUUUCACUGUGUGAUUCUCUCCGAGCUGUCGAGGAGAGAGGAUGCAUUUUUCUGCUCCGGCAGAGGCAAGAUGUCUUUCUGUAAUAUACCAGCUUUGAACUGUAAAUAAAGCAAUAUAGAGUAUGCAGCACGUAUUCCUCAUCCUUCCGCUGGGCACGACAGACUCUGCUUUAAAUCAACAAAAACACGCUGAUUCCCGGACCGUCGAUGGGCCGAAUUUAGAAGGCGAUUGUGCCGGAUCCGGCCCCCCCGAGCCUUAGUUUGCCUACCCAUGCCAUAGAGCAGUGGUGUCCAAACAACUUUUUUUCAAAGAGGGUCAGAUUUGAUGAAGUGAAGGGCCGUGAGGGCUGACCAAAGUUGUUGAGCUUUUUUCAGGGUUGAAGUUGUUGAAGUUUUUUUAGGAUUUUACUGCAGGAAAUAAACUGCCACAGGGGCUGGAUUAAACUGACCAGUGGGACAGAUUAGGCCCCCAGAACGGGCUUUGGACAUGCCUGCCCUAGAGGAUGAGCCAGAUAAUCAAAGAACAACCAUCACAUUCUGCCCUGGUGCCUGAGAUGUUUAAAGCAUAGGUAGAGAUCUCCUGCUUGAGAACUUUGAUGUUACCGACAUCUCUGCCACAUGGCAGAAGGUAACUUUCUAAAUGCAAAUGUUUUUAAAUCACUUCAAGCAUAGAUCAUUAAUACAGUUGUACCUCGGGUUACAUACGCUUCAGGUUACAUGCGCUUCAGGUUACAGACUCCGCUAACCCAGAAAUACUACCUCGGGUUAAGAACUUUGCUUCAGGAUGAGAACAGAAAGUGUGCUCCAGCGGUGCGGCAGCAGCAGGAGGCCCCAUUAGCUAAAGUGGUGCUUCAGGUUAAGAACAGUUUCAGGUUAAGAACAGACCUCCGGAACGAAUUAAGUAUGUAACCCGAGGUACCACUGUACUACAAAUAUUUACAAUACAUCAGCCAGCAGGCUUAAUGAUUUCUAAAUAUUAGCAGCUAAUAUUGCACUCUUUCUUUAGAUGAAAAUGAGUUGCAUUUCCAUUUUGCCCAAUUCAGAAUUGUAACAUAAAUGCAUGAACAACUGGCCAAUAAAAUCUAUUUUCCUUGUUUGCAUUCUACCAAAUUUUAGAUUUCCGUGUAACACUUUUUAAUGUAAAUGCACAGAAGCACUUUAAUCCCUUUUUUUUUUAUCUGGACAGGAUUCCUGCACUUUUAACACCUGAACAGUAUAUUAACACCUCCAACAGGUCUGCCUUUCCCAAAAAAUGGAGAUGGCACAGGAAAGGCUUCUCUUGUUCAAUUUGUGCCUUUCAGGCAUGUGUUAAAGACAUGGAAAACAUGCCAAAAUAAAGGCGGCAGCCCUUACGUAGGUGGAACUCACACAAUGCAUUGCAUCAAGAAAAGUUUGGUUUAAUCAUAACUGAUAAAUAUUGCCAAUUUUGUAUGACAGUUGUUCUCUGACAUCAACACAGAAACAGCUGCCUGUAAGUGUAGCCAUAUGUCGCCCCCUCAAUUAAUUACUCCACACAGCAUUGAUUUUUUUUUAUUAGUACAUACUUCAAAUAAUACCCUCACCCUCCCCUUCCCCAUUUAAUUCCCCCAGCUUUUGAUUUGUGACCUAUACCAGUGCUGUGAUGCAUUGAUUGGUCUUGUCGCUGAUGGAUUAAGCUACCAAUAUAACACACUGCAAGUUUGCAGAGAACACACACACACAGACAGAGAGAAGCCCUGCCCAUAACAGAAUGGAAAAGGAACAGCAGCUGAAAACUGACUGAUUCUUCCAGCUACUGUCUUCAGGGUAAGCAGAGCUUCUCUACACGAUUUCUUCUCCACUUGAGGAGGCAGCUCGCCUGGAAUUGCCAGAGAGAGUUUCAGGUUUGCUAAGCAAAACGGAACACUUUAAGGAUCUUGGAAGCACCCUUUGCCAUUGCAAUGAAGAGAUGAACUGAAGAUUAAACAUGUACGGGAAUUAUCCACACUUCAUUAAGUUUCCCACAGGCUUUGGGAGUAAGUAUUUCACGAAUGGUUUCAGAUUUCUGGUUUUUGAUGCAAAUAGCAAUUGAACAACCUAGGCUCAGAAAAAAAAAAUGCAGAAGUGGUGGGGGGGAGGAGCAGAAGAGAAGAGAAUUAAAUUUAUGCAUUGUUAAAUCAGAAGCUGCUUUCUAACUGGGAAGGCAAUGAAUUCCUAGAGGGUGGGGAUGUUUCUGUGAGGUUUCUUUAAAGUUUGACGAGAGCUUUUGGCUUGUAUAUGGUGAGUUUGUUAUGCAAAUAGUCAGUGUGAUAGAGUGAUGGUGCGGCAUCUUACAGCGAUUUUACCAAAUACUUGCUUGUCAGAAACAGGCGAAUAAAAGCCAUCUCUUAGCUUCUUUCGUGCUAAACAAAUUCAGACUGGGGGGUGGGCACCUGCAAGAACCACAAUCGUCUCAUGGAAAUAGUGAACCAGUGUACUGCCUCAGAUUUUUAUACGGGAGCCCUCAAAAACUUAUCUUCGCAAAGAAAACUAGCAUGUGGCAAGAGAAGGGCAAAAAGCCUAGUUUUCUAUGUACAGAGUUGCUGUUAUUGUUAAAUGGAGCAGCCCGUAAUCUUGCGAGCGCCAAACCUGCAGCCUGGCUGGCCGAAGGACACAUUUAUCCCCUUAUUGAGGACUAGACCUGAGACUUUGGGCAAAGUAAGAGAGCAUACCAUGGAUUUGUUGCCUUUAGAUUUAGUGAGGUAAGUAAAGGUGCUAUAUUUGUAUGUGACCUACUUGCCACAGGAAGUACAUAGUGGAGCACUAAAUAUAAUAUGGAGAGAGAGAGACAGAGAGCGCCAAAGUAUUUUUGGACCCAGUCUUCUUUCUAUGGGCUUACUCAGAUAAUAGGAGAGAUGUGGGCUUGCAUAAUAAUAAUAAUAAUAAUAAUAAUAAUAAUAAUAAUAAUAUAUUUAUACCCUGCCCAUCUGGCUGGGCUUCCCCAGCCACUCUGGGCGGCUUCCAACAAAAUAUUAAAAUACUGUAAUACAUCAAACAUUAAAAGCUUCCCUAAAGAGGGCUGCCUUCAGAUGUCUUCUAAAAGUCUGGUAGUUGUUGUUCUCUUUGACAUCUGGUGGGAGGGUGUUCCACAGGGAGGCAGCCACUACCGAGAAGGCCCUCUGCCUGGUUCCCUGUAACUUGGCUUCUCGCAGUGAGGGAACCGCCAGAAGGCCCUCGGUGCUGGACCUCAGUGUCUGGGUAGAACGAUGGGGGUGGAGACGUUCCUUCAGGUAUACUGGACCGAGGCUGUUUAGGGCUUUAAAGGUCAGCACCAACACUUUGAAUUGUGCUCGGAAACGUACUGGGAGCCAAUGUAGGUCUUUAAAGACUGGUGUUAUAUGGUCUUGGCGGCCGCUCCCAGUCACCAGUCUAGCUGCCGCGUUCUGGAUUAGUUGUAGUUUCCGGGUCACCUUCAAAGGUAGCCCCAUGUAGAGCGCAUUGCAGUAGUCCAAGCCAUCUCCACCAUGGUCUCUGCCUCUCUUUCCUCUUAAAAUGCGAUCAAACUUACUAGGCGAUAUUCAGCUAACAUGUUCUGUCAUGCAUAGGGUUGUAUCCGAUCCGUUCUGUCCGUGCGAGGAUUCCUGCAUGAGCAACAGAACUUUCCCACCUCUCACAUCCCCGUGCAGUCCCAAAAUAUGCUCCAAAGGGUUCUGGGAAACCCCAGAACUGAUUUAGGUGGUGUGCAGGGAGAGGGAAAAGGGGGAGAGUUCGACUGCGCAAAUUGAAAUCCUUGGGCCGACAGAGCAUGUUACUUAGCGCUGCCUUGGAUACAGCCCAAUGCAUGGCAAGGCAUCAUUGUGCCGUGUGUUUCCCCCAGUCAACAAAUGAGGUGACAAAGCAGUGAUGUCACAUACCGCUCAUUGCAUUUACAUUUGGGUUUUAUGGGGACCAGAGGGCAGGGAGGCCUGGAGCAGUGGCAGGAGUGCCUUUCAAGGGAUCCUUAAGCAGCUUAGUAAGGUGACUUUUAGCUCAUCUCCAUCCUGUCUGGGGCCCUGAUGAUGUCUCCAUUGAGAAUGCUAAUGACCUGCCUUAGAUGGCUGUUUGGAGGAGCAUGUGCUUCAUAAAAUGUUAGAUACUCAGUGCUUUUCUUCCAGAAAAAACUGUGCUGGUACUGCGUACCAGACAGAGGGCCUUCUCUGUAGUGGCACCCGCCCUGUGGAACAUCCUCCCACCAGAUGUCAAGGAAAUAAACAAGGACAGUCAUACCUCGGGUUACAGACGCUUCCAGUUGUGUGUUUUUGGGUUGCGCACCACGCCGAAUCUGGAAGUACCGGAACGGGUUACUUCUGGGUUUCGACACUUGCGCAGAAGCGCUAAAUCGCACUUUGCGCAUGCGCAGAAGCACUGAAUUGCGACCCACGCUUGCACAAAUGCAGUGCUGCGAAUGUGCCUCCCUCACGGAUCACGUUCGCAACCUGAGCGUCCACUGUAUCUGACUUUAAGAAGACAUUUGAAGGCAGCCUUGUUUAGGGAAGUUUUUAAUGUUUGAUGUUUCAUUGUGUUUUUAAUAUCCUGUUGGAAGCCACCCAGAGUGGCUGGGGAGGCCCAGCCAGAUAGCCGAGGUAUACUGUAAGUAAAUAAUAAUAAUAAUAAUAAUAAUAAUAAUAAUAAUAAUUUAUUACCAUUGAGUACCUCCAGGGGGAAAAACAUUGUAAGAUACUCAUUAAAUGGAUGUUCUCCGUUAACAGGAGUUGGGGAUAUUGUGCGAGGCACAGAGAAGCCAAAGUACUGCAGGUGAUGGCAGAGUCAGGCAAAAGAUUUCAGCAGAAGUCUUCUAUCCUGAAGUUCACCCAUACUAUUGGCUGUGGGGUGAUAAUGGGGGGGCGGAAUUAAUCUGAUCACAGGGUGACUAAAAGGUAAAAGAGGUAGAAUAAUACAGGACCAGCAACUGUUCAGUAGUAAUUCUGUGCCCCCACACCACUCAAAAAAUACAUUUGUGUAUCCCGUGAUGGAUAAUAUUGGUCUAAUAGAGUUGCCAACCUUUUCUCCUUGUCGGGGUUUCCUGUAAUGUUAGCAGAUACAGGAAAUUCUGCAUGUAAAACUCCUCUUGGAGUGUAAAUACAGUGAGAAGCUUCCUUUGCUAAAUUCCUGCUUCUCAUUCAGUUUUGAAAUGCAUGGGUGUCCUGCUUGAAAGAGAGCGGGUAAGUUGCAUGCAACGUUUGGUUCUGGCUGGGUCAAACCCACCUGCCACUAUGUCUUCGGAAAUGAAAUUAAAAUAUGGGUCAUUUGACACUCAAAUAGUCUGGUGAUUGGGAGUUUUGGAAAUAAAUGUCUGGUAGUUUCAGAUAGCUGCUGGCUGUUUGGCAAUAAUAAUAAUAAUAAUAAUAAUAAUAAUAAUAAUAAUAAUAAAAUUUGUACCCCGGCUUCCCCAGCCAAGACCAGGCUUAGGGUGGCCAACAACCAAUAAAAAACAAGUUGAUUGAAAUACAGCUUAAAAAACAAGAUUAAAAUACAACAUUAAAAAACAUUCAUUCAUUCAUUCAGUUAUAUUGGCAUGGAGUCAGGUGGUAUGCUGAGCUAUACCUCCUGCCCUGUCCCUCCUCUUUUCAUCACCUUCCUCCAAGUUUGACCCUCAGCUGGUGGGAGCUACAGCCAUUGUGCCCUGUCCUUCUGGGUACAAUAGAUGCACGUUCCCUAAUUCUUUUUACACAUGUAGGCAUAUUUGUUAGAGGCACAGAAGUGCUGGACGGAGCAUUCUGCUAUUUGCUUAAAUACAAAUAAAACAUUUUGCAAGGCUGCUUGCUCCCAAUGUUACUCUGGGACAUGAAUUGCGAUUGAGAAAGGGCCGUGUUCCCUGUUGUUCAGCUCGUGCAGUGCUUCAGGAUUUCAUCGCGCUCUUCCCUUGGCUGCAAAAACUAGCUGCCGUCGACCCUGGGAAAUAAGUCCCAUCGACUCCGCCGUGUCUUUGUACUGUUCCUGUACUCUUAUCAGCAGACCGGCACGCGCAGAGAUUCAACAGGUAAGGCUUUUCUGUGCCUAAAACGGCAGGAAAAGCUGCGCUUACUGAAUUUCUGCGUGUCAGGUUUCCGUUCAAGGCACAAGAACAGGACCAGUACAUAGAAGUUGCCAGUCCUAAAACUGGGUAGGUUGUAUCCAGUGCUGUUGUUGAACGUGCAGAAUAGGCUUCUGCUUGCGGAACAGGACUUCGCCUUUCUCUCUCAGGCAGUGUUGGAUUCUGCCCUAGGUGUUUUCGCAUGAUGACGACUUGCUUAGUGUUUUCCUUUAAGGCCUUUUCUCCUCCUGUUUGAACGUGACAUUCCUUAGCAGCUAGAGGGGUCAGCAAACUUUUUCAGCAGGGGGCCAGUCCACCGUCCCUCAGACCUUGUGGGGGGCCAGACUAUAUUGGGGGACCUUCUUGGUGUGUUACUACUGUGAGCCCUUCCAUAAUAGACUCAGGUUGUAGUUAUGGGCAAAUAAAUCGUAUACGUAUCCUAAAGACGUCACAGUCUCCACUGUCCCUCAUUCUGAGGAAACCCAAGUGCCUCAAACCCCUGGGAUCUUGCACCGCUCAGAGAUUGGGAUGGUGUGCAACAAGGCAGAGGCAUGAAUUAAUUCCGGGGGCUUCUUUUUCUCUAGCAAAAUAGCAAUAAAUCUAUCUGGCCGUGAAACUCUCCUUGUUCUGCUCUAACACUGAGGUUCCUACAACCUGGUGAUCCCCAGGGGAUAGUGGACUAUGUAACAUACUUUCCUAAGUGUCUCCAGGACACAGGCAAUGGUGAGGUUUCAUGGGGCACAGCAGCUCGAAUCAAAAUACAGUGGUACCUCAGGUUACAUACGCUUCAGGUUGCAUACACUUCAGGUUACAGACUACACUAACACAGAAAUAGUACCUCGGGUUAAGAACUUUGCUUCAGGAUGAGAACAGAAAUCACACAGCGGCAACGGGAGGCCCCAUUAGCUAAAGUGGUUGUUAUGUACUGAAGUUCUCACCCUGGGCCAGCAGGGGGAAACUAUAGAUAGUUUUCACUCAGGUCCACAUAUGCAAAUAAGGGGUUGAAAGUGACGUUCAGUGAUUGGAUAGUUACAGAAAGUGGUUACUGUUGCAUUCUAGUAGAACACUAUAUAAGCAGGCUGGCUGAACCCUUCAGUCCAGUUCUGUUCUGGCCUGUGAAUAAACAAGAGCUGUUUGAAGAAUCGCUGUGUCAUCUGAUAUGUUCACCCACAACUUAACAGUGGUGCUUCAGGUUAAGAACAGUUUCAGGUUAAGAACGGACCUCCAGAACGAAUUAAGUACGUAACCAGAGGUACCACUGUACGGCUGUGAGUCUAGACCAGGGGUCAGCAAACUUUUUCAGCGGGGGGCCAGUCCACUGUCCCUCAGACCUUGUGGGGAGCCGGACUAUAUUUUGAAGAAAAAAUAACGAACGAAUUCCUAUGCCCCACAAAUAACCCAGAGAUGCAUUUUAAAUAAAAGCACACAUUUUAUUUUUGUAAAAACAUGCUGAUUCCCGGACUGUCCGCGGGCUGGAUUUAGAAGGCGAUUGGGCCACAUCCGGCCCCUGGGCCUUAGGUUGCCUAGGCAUGGUCUAGACUGAAGCCAAUGGGCAGGUCUGAAAUGAAGCCCAAACUCCAUCUGUGCGACGGGAGAAAGACCCAUCGCCGUUCCCAAUGAAACCGAAAGAAAUGUGGAACUCGGAGGAUGCUUUCAGAGCAUAAACAGUGGCAGCCUGUGAAUGAGCUGGCUAUUUCAGGUCAGUAUAAUUUGCAUGUUAUGAUUCGAGUAGUUUGCUAGUUAUGAAAAAAGAAGUGGUGGGCUGGAAGAGUUAAGCGAUCGCCCUGCCCCUUGCUUUCCCUCUCCAAAUUGUCCCUUCCCAACGCCUCUUUGCAGCAAGUACGUAAAUGGGUCACUGGGCUUUCCUUACACACUCUUGCAUGUGAUGUGUAGUUGAAACAUCGAAGCUUGGAUAAAAAUUGAGGCAAUUGUGGACUAUGAGAAACCGGAAUCAUUUAUCAAGCUUACAUAUGCUGGAGAGGCUGUGAUAGACUUCAUCACCUGCUCUUCCUCUUCUUAUGUGCAAACAUUCUUUACUGUGUCUCCCUCCCUCCCAACUCUUUUUGUCAGUCUUCACACUUUUAUAGGUGGGUUUAUAGCUCCGAUUCUGACAUUUAGCAGAUAAAAAUAAGGACAUCACUUGGCAAAACCUCUACUUGUGUGUCAAGGACCCCCAAGACACCCCUGAAUAAAAACACGGUUCACACAUCAUUUUUGUUUUGAUUUUUGGCAUAAUUUUGGCCACAACUUUAUUGAAUUACAGUAUGUGAGUGGUUGCUUAGGCAUUGGUUAGCGACUAUCUGUUCCCACUUGGAGGUAGGAACAGAACUGACAACCGUACCCCUGCGGAAGUCAGUAAGGGUAAACAUUUUUGGGGAGAGAAUAGAGCUGGGCGCCAGGCUCUCCCUUCUCCCCAAAUGCUCCCAGGGGCUCUUGCGUGCCCUAGCCCCUUGCCAGGGGUUCGGACAAAAGCAUGAUGAGCCCCUGGAUUCCUUUAAUGGAAUAUCCUUGCAGCAGCAGCAUUGGAGGGGCAGGCACAGCCAACCACAUCCCCUCCACCAACCAAAAAUUAACCAAUGCCUAACCGCAACCUUGGUGGGACGUGGGUGGCACUGUGGUUUAAACCAUAGAGGCUAGGACUUGCCAAUCAGAAGGUUGGCGGUUCGAAUCCCCGUGACGGAGUGAGCUCCUGUUGCUCGGUCCCUGUUCCUGCUCACCUAGCAGUUCGAAAGCACCUCAAAGUGCAAGUAGAUAAGUAGGUACCACUCCGGUGGGAAGGUAAACGGCGUUUCUGUGUGCUGCUUUGAUUCGCCAGAAGCGGCUUAGUCAUGCUGGCUCGUACCAGGUAGCACUCGAAGACGGACGCUUGUGGCGCUGGCACAUAAACUAGCUUAGGCGCAGGGUUGGGGACUUGGACACUACUGUGGUGCCCCCAACUGCGCUCGUGGCUCCAGAAGAGACACUUACAGAUGGCGAGGCUCCACCUACACCUCCCUCGCAAACUGCCAGCGUGGAGCCGAACCAAGCCACUUCAGAGGGUCUGCCAGACUUACCACAGGCUCAGACCACUCCACUUGCGGAGGCUUCACCCACAGCAGCAGAUCCAGGGGAUUUGGUUUCAACGUCACUUAGGGUCGCACCACAGCCUCAGCAAGAAUUGUGUGGCCCCCUGGACUUGGCUACCAGUCCCCGGCGGUCUGGCAGAGUUUCCAAGCGCCCAACUUAUUUAAAGGACUAUGUUGUUGGACAUGUAUCACUCUUGGUCUAAGUAUGGGAAAUGUAACCGAUAUGCUUUUGUGCCUAAUUGAACCAUUACGUGUAGUGCUGUAUAUAAGGAAAUCAUUACGAUUGUAACUAACGCCUUAUCUCAGUGGGGAGAGUGUUAUGUAUUGAAGUUCUCACCCUGGCCAGCAGGAGUAUUGUGUAUGUAGUUUUCACUCAGGUCCACGUCAGUUAUUUUAGGCGGGAAACCCUGGGUUGUUGUUGCUACAUUGUUGACAGCUGGUUGCCUAUAAAAGCAGGCCGGCUGAGCUGUUUGCUGUUCAGUUCUGUCCAGCUUACAAAUAAAGAGCUGCUUUGGAAGAAUCGCUGUGUCGUCUGCUAUGUCUACCCACUAUUCAACACUUGUAAUGUUUGGCAGUUAGGCAUUGGUUGAUCUUAUGAUGGGGGAGGGAAGGUGCGGCCAUCACCUGCCCCUCCAAGCUUAAGGGUAUUCCAUUAAAGGAAUCUGGGGGUGUGGAUCUUGUCCAAAGUCCAGGGUGGGGCUAGGGCCAUGACACAACCGCGUCGGGAACCCUGGGGGAGUUCGAGUUGGUUUGCAUCGAUGGGGCUCCCCCUACCGGUGGUUGACCCUUACUGGACUCCUUGCGUGACGGGCAGGAGUCAGAUAUAGUCAGAUCAAUUCCAGUGCCUAAGCCAAUACCGCUCACAUUCUGUAACCAAUAAAGUUGUGGCCUAAAUUUGCCCAGUAACAUUAACCUAAUACCUGUGUCCUUGUGUCUUAUUCAUCAAUGAGGGGGUGAUCUCGGGGUCUCGACACGCAACUUCAUACACUGGAGCCAAAACCUUAAAUCAGAUUCAGUAGCAGAUAACAAACCAGUGCAGCUCCCGGACGAUCAGUUGUUGUACUCCACCUUAGAACCAAUGUUCUGCAAUAGCUGCAGCUUCUAGAAUUUAUUUUGUUUUAUUGAAAUAAUUUUAAUUUGAUUUUACAAAUAUAAAAUCAUAACAAUACAACCAUACACACCAACAGUUAAAAGAUUUCCCGAAUCUCUGGACUUCCUACCUUCCCCUCCAUGAAUCUUAUUGUCAAACCUUUCCUGCUGCAUCUUUUUCAAUAGUCCAUGUUUUAUAUAACUCUGUUAUCUCCAUAGGACUUGCUACAUUACAAGUGUUAUUGCAAUCCUGCUAGUGUUUUCAUCUGUUUGUGUGUUCAGACCCAGAGACCUUCCCCCUAAAUAAACACACAUUUGACUCAAAUUUUAGUUUUGGUUUUUGGCAGAAUUUAGGCCACAACUUUAUUGAUUACAGAAAGUGGGUGGUUGCAUAGGCUCUGGUUCGACUAGCUCCCUGCACCCUUGCAGGAAGCGCUGAGCCAGAGCUUUAUCAUAGGUCAGCCAAGGGUGAACACCUGAGGCAGGUGAAAAGCCCGGGAACAGACUCUGUUCACACCCCAGAUGCUCCCCUGGACUCAGGCACCGGCACAACUCCCUCUCAAGGGUUGACCAAACCAAGUUGAGUCCCUGGAUUCCUUUAAUGGAAUACCCUUCACAAGUUGUUAUUUUUUCCAAAAAAUUUUUUAUUGGUUUUCACAUUAUAAACAAACAAACACAUAAGACAAACAAACAUAAAUCAUAGCCUUAUUGAAAAUUACACUUAUUAACAUUGUUAAGUGACUUCCUUGCUUCCCCUUGGUUGAAUUUCAUUGCAUAUCCUUUUAACAGUUUUCCAAAUCACAGUUCUUAUAAAAUUUAACUUAAACAUUAACAUCCUUAGAUCUUCACAUUAUGAAAUUAAACAUAUUAAUUCAUCACUUAACAUAAAUAAAAUCCUAACCCAAUUCAGUAUCUGCAAGCUGUUUUCAUUUAAUGAAACUUAACAUAUUUAACUAAGUAAUCAUUAAAGUUAAUCAAUUCUUCCUGAUACUCCUCCUCCUUCUGCUCGUGGACUCUUCCGGUUAGGUUGGCUAGCUCCGAAAAAUCCAUCAUCUUCAUCUGCCAUUCUAUCGUUGGUAAUUCUUGGGUUUCCCACUUUUUAGCUAACAAAAUACGAGCAGCAGUUGUGGCAUACAAAAAUAAUUUAAUAUCUUUCUUGGGCAAUUCCAAACCUGUUAUUCCAAGAAGAAAGGCCUCUGGUUUCUUUAUAAAUGUAUAUUUCAACAUUUUUUUCAAUUCAUUAUAAAUCUUUUCCCGGAAGUCUUUCACCUUGGGACAGGUCCACCACAUAUGAUAAAAGGUUCCUUCCUUUUCUUUACAUUUCCAACAUAGAUUGUCACAGUUAUGAUAUAUCUUUGCUGUACCCUUCACAAGUUGUGACGAUUUGCAGGCGAAACCCAAAUGGCAACAGCCAAUCAGCCAAGUGGGGAAAUUCCAGGAAGCUUGUACCAAGAAUGAUCUUUGGACUCUGCCCGACCUUCUUCUCUGGGAGAGGUGAUAUUGGUGCUUCUCUUAACUUCUUCAACCUUCCCUGUUCCUGCCUCUUUCCGAGUUUAGCCUUGUUUACCAAAUUCCUCUUCUUACACAAACUAAGUUUUACUUGCUUAUCUUACCUCUUUCACUGCCCUUUUCCCUCCAUAUUUGGGAAGUGGCCAUGGGGGCAGCCAGAACUUUUGUUUGGGGCAGGACUUGGUUGAGGGGGCAGGACUUUUGUUGGGGGGGGCAGAACCGAUGUGAUUGGCCAGUUAUUUAAGUACAGUGGUACCUCAGUUCUCGGACAUCUCCGUUGACGAACGUUUUGGAACCCAAACGCCAAAAUGCUUCCAUUUUCGAACACUCCUCGGAAGUCAGACGGCUUCCGCUGCGGGUUUUUCAAUUUUCUCAGUUGAUUUUGUAGACUGCCCUUUGCUCCUUGGUUUUCGAACGUUUUGGAAGUUGUUUGAAAUGAAAGUAGCCCAGCCUAUCUCACACUGCCACAGGUAUAACCAAGCUGCCAUCCUGACUUGGGUGCUGUUUAUUUAACCAACCCUUUUUUAUUCUAUAACAGCCUGUGUGUAAAAACAAACAAACAGCAACCUGUAUGUUCUUUUAUUACAAGCUCUGGUCUAUUGCCUUUACUUGGGUGCUAAUUACCCAGUUACCCCCACAUAUAUGCAGGAUUUAGGUUUGAUAAGGCCGUAAGUCACGACUGGACCUAAUGGUCAGGGGUCCCUUUACCUUUACCUUUAAGCUACUGAAGGUAAUGUCUAUAUGUCCAGCUGUCCUUUGUCAGCAACAAAUUGUCACUGUUUAUUGUGUUGAAUAUGGUAAUUUAUGGACCUAACAGGUAUCUAAAGCCAUUUGCACAUAACGAAUAGGAGCCUACACAACACAAAACACUAUUGCUGUAAGUAUGUUUUAUUUUAUUUGUUUUUUUAUCUUAUAUUUUGGAAAUGUACAACCAGUUUUUUUUUCUUUAAAUUUUUUUGGGGCCCCCAAGAGAGUGGGGCCCUAAGCUAUAGCUUGUUUAGCUUAUAUGUAAAUCCAGCACUGUAUGUGUGGAAUCUCCGUGUGAUACCCUUUAGGUAAAGGUAAAGGGACCCCUGACCAUUAGGUCCAGUUGUGACCGACUCUGGGGUUGCGGCGCUCAUCUCGCUUUAUUGGCCGAGGGAGCAGGCGUACAGCUUCUGGGUCAUGUGGCCAGCAUGACUAAGCCGCUGCUAGCGAACCAGAGCAGCGCACAGAAACGCUGUUUACCUUCCCGCCAGAGCGGUACCUAUUGAUCUACUUGCACUUUGAGGUGCUUUCGAACUGCUAGGUUGGCAGGAGCAGGGACCGAGCCACCGGAGCUCACCCCGUCACAGGGAUUUGAACCGCCGACCUUCUGAUCGGCAAGCCCUAGGCUCUGUGGUUUAACCCACAACGCCACCUGCGUCCCUGUGAUACCCUUUGACUCUGAGCUAAAUAUAUUAUUACAUGCGUCUGUACAGUGGAAUGCAUGUGCGUGUUUGCGUGCAACUUGUGAUUAAGGGUGUGCAACAGCACACUGCUGAGAUCAAGACUCUCUAGAGCCUAUUAGAAUGCAUUGUUAGGCACAAAUGAGAAUUUAAAAGUUUGUCCCCAAGACAGGAAGUGCAACAAAUCUGGAUUUAUUGGGAGAAACUCUCCCUCUUUUUGCGCUGAUGCAGUGCACCAGGAACCGGAUUCAUCUGUCACGUUGCAUUACUUGACAGGUACUGAGAAUGUGAUAGCCCAUUUUUAAAUGUCAUGUGUGCUGGAGCCUUCUGCAAAGACUGGAUUUCAGUUCCUCUGGGCCGCUGCUGUGGAUUCUGAAGACGGCUUCUGUUCACUCUCAGGAUAACAACAUCAUUAUCUGCCAAGCAAACAUUCCAAAAGAAUUCUUAUUUAAUAGAAAGGUCUUUCUCUAUGCAUUGCAGUAACUGCAAGGAGCAUGUUGACAUUGCAAGGCAUGCAGUUAAAUGGAACGCAAGGGGUAAUAUAGUCACAUUACAGACUCUUUUCUUUUGAGAACUGUAGGUCUUUGAAGUGGGGUUGGUGAGCUCCAGCAUAAUUCCCACUGAUGGUUACUACCCCACUCCCAGAACAAUGGUUCCCAAGAGAAGUGUAAUAGUUAAAUGUUUUGACCAGGCAAUUGGUCAGCACCUGAACCUUCCACUGCCUUGACUGCUACAACUAUUUUCAUUGGGUUGAUUGAUCGCCAUUAAACUUGGUGCACUUCCUCCGCAGAUUACUUUGCUGUUGGGUGCAGGCUCAAUCUGCCUUCCCACCACUACACUUGUACUAGCAUGAUAAGGGAUGCCAGUGGUGCAGUGGUCUAAAUCACUGAGCCUCUUGGGCUUGCUGAUUGGAAGGUCAGUGGUUCGAAUCCCCGCAACGGAGUGAGCUCUCGUUGCUCUGUCCCAGCUCUUGCCAACCUAGCAGUUUGAAAGCACGCCAGUGCAAGUAGGUACCGCUGUGGCAGGAAGGUAAAUGAUGUUUCUGUGCGCUCUGGUUUCCAUCAUGGUGUCCCAUUCCACUAGAAGUGGUUUAGUCAUGCUGGCCACAUGACCCAGAAAGCUGUCUGUUGACAAACACCGGCUCCCUUGGUGAAAGCGAGAUGAGCGCUGCAACCCCAUAGUCGCCUUUGACUGGACUUAACCAUCCAGGGGUCCUGACAGUUAAGUCCAGUCGCGAACAACUUUGGGGUUGCAGUGUUUAUCUCACUUUACUGGCCAAUGGAGCCGGCAUUUGUCCGCAGGCAGUUUUUCUGGGUCAUGUGGCCAGCAUGACUAAGCCCCUUCUGGCGAAACCAGAGCAGCACACGGAAAUGCCGUUUACCUUCUUGCCGGAGUGAUACCUAUUUUUCUACUUGCACUUUGACGUGCUUUUGAACUGCUAGGUGGGCAGGAGCUGGGAGCGAGCAACGGGAUUCCUGGGUCUGAUAGGUGUUAGAAUUUAAUCAAUUUUUGGAGUGUUAAUAAGGCUGCCAGACACUGGAUUUAGCAAAUCAUUAAAAUACCGGCCAAACUGGCUUCACGUGUUCAGGAACUCGCCUGGGAGGGCAGCCAUUAAUCAAAGGCAAAGGGAAGCUAAUGGGCCAUCAGGCAAGACUCUGUGCUCCUCACUCCACUUUAGGAUGAUUAGCAGAGAAAAAGCUGAUUGGAGAGUUUAGGGUUUGCUAUUGGGGAUGCUGUGAGCUGGAGGAAAACAGCUGCAGUCUGUGAAACUCAGCAAGCUGGAGGGAGGCCUAGCCAUGGCUGGUGUCUUUUUGGCUCCAAGACUGCUGUGGCUAGGGGGAAAAGAAGAACAUAUUGGGGUGUCAAUGCUGUAAGCUCCUCCAUCACAGGCUCAGGCUCAGGCUGCAUGUUGUUGUUGUUGUUUAGUCGUUUAGUCGUGUCCAAAUCUUCGUGACCCCAUGGACCAGAGCACGCCAGGCACUCCUGUCUUCCACUGGCUCCCGCUUUUUGGUCAGACUCAUGCUGGUAGCUUCAAGAACAUUGUCCAACCAUCUCGUCCUCUGUCGUCCCCUUCUCCUUGUGCCCUCCAUCUUUCCCAACAUCAGGGUCUUUUCCAGGGAGUCUCCUCUUCUCCUGAGGUGGCCAAAGGACUGGAGCCUCAGCUUCAGGAUCUGUCCUUCCAGUGAGCACUCAGGGCUGAUUUCCUUCAGAAUGGAGAGGUUUGAUCUUCUUGCAGUCCAUGGGACUCUCAAGAGUCUCUUCCAGCACCAUAAUUCAAAAGCAUCAAUUCUUCGGCAAUCAGCCUUCAUUAUGGUCCAGCUCUCACUUCCAUACAUCACUACUGGGAAAACCAUAGCUUUAACUAUACUGACCUUUGUCGGCAAGGUGAUGUCUCUGCUUUUUAAGAUGCUGUCUAUAUAUGUGUAAAUAAACCAUAUAUCAUAAAGGAAUCACAGUCUCCAAUCGCAAACCCUGGGUAACUGCCUGGACCCCUGGAAUCUUUGCUGCUUAUAGAAUGGGAUGCUGUGCAACAAUAUUUAUAAAGAGAAUAGAUUCUUCCAAGAGGGAUGGGAAGCUGGUGACCCAUGGGCUGGAUCUGGCCCUUGAAUCCUUUCUAACCGGCCCAGUAGUUUCUCUGCCCUCUUCGCAGUCCCACUCCUUUCCCCCAGGUUUUUCACAGCAAUCUUGUGGCAGCAGUGAUAGGAAACCCAAGAUGCUGUUUGCUGCUGCACCCACAGUGCCCAACUCCCUGUCUUGGUCACCCCUCUCUGUGCCCUUCUGCAGAGCUUGGCAAAGACGACUAUGUUAAGUAGUGGGUGAACAUAUCAGACGACACAGCUAUUCUUCAGACAGCUCUUGUUUAUUCACAGGCCCAGAACAGAACUGGACUGAAGGGUUCAGCCAACCUGCUUAUAUAGAGCUCAACUACAAAGCAACAGUAACAACUUUCUGUAACUAUCCAAUCACUGAACGUCACUUUCAAUUCCUUAUUUGCAUAUGUGGACCUGAGUGAAAGCGAUCUACAGUAGCCCCCUGCUGGCCCAGGGUGAGAACUUCAGUACAUAACAGACUAGGCUAAGCUUUUGGGGCACAUCGUGUUCAUCGACAGCGCUUGGGCAGGAUCAAAGGGGACCUGCUGCCCUCAAGAAAAGGGAUCUUUGGGGAAGAGAGACUUGCGCAAGUCGGGAGAUUAUGGAGAUAUUUCUGCGUGGAGAGUACAGCAUUUUUCCUUGUUGGGGGGGCUAGAUGUAGAGUUGUUAAAUCUGCCUGUUGAACUGGUAUUCACAUGACAAGUACGUAUCCAGGCUGGAGAGUGUCUGGGUGGAAAAUGGAGAACUGACUAUAUUGUGGGUGGGUUUCGCUUUAUUUGGGGCAAAAGGCUAGGGAACAUGAGACAGCGAAUGUCUGGAUGCAGAAGUGAAAAAUUAAUGGGGAAAAGUGCCUUGGGUUUGUGGGGGAGAGGACAGGGAUCAGUUUCAUUUUUGUCUUGCCAGUGGCCAGUUAAUAAUAAUAAAUAAUAAUUUUUUAUUUAUACCCCGCCCUUCCCGGUUCAGAAACCGGGCUCAGGGCGGCUAACAACAAAUUUAAAACACUUAAUUGAUGCAACAAAAAAGAGCAUAAAAUACAGUAUAAAACAUGAAUAACAAUAAAUUCAGAAUUCAAAAAUCAAUUUGGAAAAUCCAUCCAAUAAACAUUGGAUGAUCACCAGGACUAGCUGGCUAAGUUAGUCCUAUUCGGGCCAGCAAGGAGACCAGGGGAGAAUUAGCUGUGGGAUCCCAGAGUGGGUAAUCUUCAUAAAAAGGGGAGGGGGAGGGACGGAAGGGGAAUAAAAGAUCAGGCUAAGUUCAAAUUGAAAGCCAGGCGGAAUAGCUCUGUCUUACAGGCCCUGCAGAAGGAAGUUAAAUCCUGCAGGGCCCUGGUCUUAUGGGAGAGAGCAUUCCACCAGGUCAGAGCCAUCACUGAGAAGGCCCUGGCCCUGGUGGAGGAUAAUCUGACUCCCUUAGGGCCCGGGACCUCUAAACCAUGAUUAUGCAUGGACCUUAAGGUGCUUUGCAGGGCAUAGUUAGAUGGAUGUCUGUGUGUGUGUUUGUAUCGCUGGAUGUGUGAAUGGAUUGUGACCGACCCUCAUCCAUCAGAGUACAUUUCAGUUGCUUUUAACUUGGAAGGGGAAAAUGUGGAGGGUGGCUCUCCUGGUAUAAAGUCUAGUCAUUCUUAAACAAAAGACUUCCAUAAGGAUAGAAAAUUUCCUCAGAGUUCGGCACAUUGAUGUACAAUAUUGCUGCAUUUUUCAUAAGGAGAAAUUUGAAGGAAAGUUUGGGUUUCCUUCUUAGGCAAAACAUCUGAGGAAUUCAGCGAGACACUAGCGUUUUAUUAAGACUAAAGGUAAAGGGACCCCUGACCAUUAGGUCCAGUCGUGGCCAACUCUGGGGUUGUGGCGCUCAUCUCGCUUUAUUGGCCGAGGGAGCCGGCGUACAGCUUCCGGGUCAUGUGGCCAGCACGACUAAGCCGCUUCUGGCGAACCAGAGCAGCGCACGGAAACGCCGUUUACCUUCCCGCCGGAGUGGUACCUAUUUAUCUACUUGCACUUUGACAUGCUUUCGAACUGCUAGGGUGGCAGGAGCAGGGACUGAGCAACGGGAGCUUACCCCAUUGCAGGGAUUCGAACCGCCAACCUUCUGAUCGGCAAGUCCUAGGCUCUGUGGUUUAACCCACAGUGCCACACGCGUCCCAUACUUCUGUAGUGUUAGCUUUUUUUACUGCUGCUUCACGCUGUUGGCUCAUGUUAAGCCUGUGGUCUACUAAGACCCCCAGAUCCUUUUCACAUGUACCACUGGCAAUCCAAAUGUCCCACGUCUUAUAUUUGUGCCACUGGUUCUUCCUGCCUAAGUGCAGAACCUUACAUUCCUCCCUAUUGAAAUUCAUCCCCCCAACUCCACCCCAAACAUACAGGCCUUUGUCCUGCCCGGGCAAUUUCCAUCAAGCAGUAUUUCCUUCGCUUGAUUGUGCGAUUAUGAGUGAAGAAUGCCAUCAUGGACUUGUCUUGUGGCUUCACCCUUGAGUCAAAUAGCAGCUUCAGAGAGAGGGAGAUGGUUUCAGGAUGGAAAAGAUUCUGCAGAUGCUCCUCCCCAUCCUCAUGUUGUUGUUGUUUAGUCGUUUAGUUGUGUCCGACUCUUCGUGGCCCCAUGGACCAGAGCACGCCAGGCACUCCUGUCUUCCACUGCCUCCUGCAGUUUGGUCAAACUCAUGCUGGUAGCUUCGAGAACACUGUCCCACCAUCUCGUCCUCUGCCGUCCCCUUCUCCUUGUGCCCUCCAUCUUUCCCAACAUCAGGGUCUUUUCCAGGGAGUCUUCUCUUCUCAUGAGGUGGCCAAAGUAGUGGAGUCUCAGCUUCACAAUCUGCCCUUCCAGUAUCCUCAUAGCUGUUCUUAAAAGGAGGGGAGCUAGGCAUAUUAAAUACAAUUACCCAUCUAGCAUAUUGUCUAGUUUGGUCUGCAGAGGAGAAGUUGCUCAGCAGAAAGGUCAGGACUUGCUCUCUGUAGCUGCCGCGAAGUUGCUGCAACGACACGCCAGCCCGAUUUGCCUCUCUCCCUCCCUCUCCCCCACAACUUCAAUAUUUAUUUAUUGCAAAGACGGUUCCUGUGACAGUGUUUGUUAUUUUACCUGAAGUAACAGUCAAAUCUGAUUCAAAGGGAAGAUGCACAAUAAAAGAUAACAAAAGGUCAGCUUCUUGAAUAACGUUAAAGACAUUUGUCAGAGUCAAUGGAGUCCGGAUUCUCCUGCGAUCAACCCAUUUCGGGUUUAAUUCUGUGCAUGGAAUGGAAAAGGUCCUUGUCUGUCUGUCUUUCUCCCUUUGAAUCAGCUCUCCCACUAGGCAUGGAAUGGCAAAGGAAUCGAACCACAAUGGCCUUUCAGAGAGCCCUGUUAUUUUCACCAUUUGGGUUGUUAUAUGAAGCAUGCGCAUCGGAAAAAUGCUUCUUUGAGGGCCCUGCAAACUUCACUCAGUGCCCUUUAACUUGGUGACUCCAAUUAAGAUGCCUGUUUCAAACCUUUGAAGCCAUAGGCACCACUGAGAUUGAGAUUGAAUUGGGGGGCAGAGGCGGGCAGAACCCUUUCCUCUCUCAUUGUUUUCUAGCUGACAGUCGUCCCCUCUAGUUUGCAGAUAUCCGGCAACAGUGAACGAUAGAAAACUGAUCAAAUCCUCCUUAUCUGAUAAACCUGUUUAACGGUGACUGGUUUUUAGGGGUAGAAAAUAGCAUUAUCUUCAUGAUGAGCCAUUGUGCACAAAUGACUCGUGAGGAUACACGCACCACAAGAAGCUCAUCUUAAAAACAAAGACAAAAGUGACUUCUGCAUGGCAACUAUUUUGUACAGUCCUUGAAAAGUUUCUUUUGGGGGUGGGCGGGGGGAAGGAAGGGCUUGUCCAGACUUACCUUUCCUUUGCACUUUCCAGGCAUAAAGGUAAAGGGUAAAGGGACCCCUAACCAUUAGGUCCAGUCGUGACCAACUCUGGGGUUGUGGCGCUCAUCUCACUUUAUUGGCCGAGGGAGCUGGCGUACAGCUUCCGGGUCAUGUGGCCAGCAUGACUAAGCCGCUUCUGGUGAACCAGAGCAGUGCACGGAAACGGCGUUUACCUUCCCGCCAGAGCGGUACCUAUUUAUCUACUUGCACUUUGACGUGCUUUCGAACUGCUAGGUUGGCAGGAGCAGGGACUGAGCAACGGGAGCUCACCCCGUCACGGGGAUUCGAACCGCUGACCUUCUGAUCGGCAAGUCCUAGGCUCUGUGGUUUAACCCACAGCGCCACCCGCAUCCCCUUUCCAGGCAUAGUCCGCACUUAAAGCUCAGUGUCCGAGCACUUUUUUUUUUUUUGCUCCAGAGCUUUCCCUGUGAAAACUCGCUCUUUAAAGCUGAAUCGGAGCAAAUGGGAACUCCCCAGAAAACCUGAAUUGCUGUGCUUCCGAUUUAAAGAGCAGGUUUACGUGGGGAAAGCUCUGGGGUGAGAAAGAGAGAUAGAGCACUUGGACAUGGAGCUUUAAAGAGCAGAUGUGUGCCUGGAAAGAGCGGGGGGGGGGGAGGAAAAAGGACAGAGAGACAACUGGAAGAGUUUGUAGUUUUGAAUUCAGACACACAGAAAGAAUGGUAAAAGUUAUGCGUUUAAGCUGUAGAUGGGUGAAAGCUGGCGUGUAGUUGCUGCUGUUUGGGAAUCUGUUGCAAAAUUAGUAGUUUCGCUGCCUGCUGUAGGAUUAUGUUUGCGUGGACAGGCGGAGACCCCCCAACCCCGGGAGACACCCAAGUGGAAUAAUGACUCAAGAAAACGUGUUAUGGGAUUAAAAUUUGGCCACAACUUUAUUAAAGCUUCAGAUGUAGGAAGACCUUGGCUUAGGCAUUGGGCGUUUAUCCCUCCCAGUCCCCGGCCGGGGAUCUGGGGAACAUCAGGGUUAUCCAGAAUGUGUGGGGAUUGGGCUGGCUCUGGAGAAUGUCUGUUCAAGCAGAGAGCCUGCCCCCGUUACGCCACCGUCGCAGGGGAAAGCAAUGACAACCUCUAGGCGUAUGGCCAAUGCCUCCCCUCAAAACAACCCCUUUAGCGGGGAACCCUGGGAUUGCCGCCGCAGGGGGGGCGUGGGUCACCGCUUCACGCACCCCACCAAUUUAGAGAAGAUAAACUAAAGGGUUCCGCCCAAGGCCUGAAACCACCAAAGUUGUGACGUCUUGCUACGGGGAAGGCAAAACCUGCCAAUGCAGGAAAAUUCCUUUCCGGCCCUUCAAACAGCAACCAUAACAUAGCAACGCCUGCGUACCAGUGAAGAAGAGGUUAACCUGCAAAAGAAGGCUUAACUGAGGGAGGGCAGGGUGGGAAAAGCUCUGAAGCCAACUGAGAACCCCCAGGUAAGUUCCACCCACUAUUGUGUGGGCAGGGCGGUCCCUUCCCUUACCUGGCCAACUCUCAUCUGGCAACGCCUCCCCAGCUGGGAUUGGUUAACUGGCAGAGGUAGGUGGCUACCUCCAGGUGUCUGGCUGGGGGGGGGGCGCGAAUCCGGGAGCUGCAUGGGAUGGGGGGGGCUGCACGUGACCAUGCAAAAGGCACCCCCCCAUUUGAUGUGGGGAGCGGUCAUUACCUCCAAGUGCUCUGCAUUUACCUUUUUGUCGCCCACCUUCAUGGAGUCUCUCUUUUCAUUUCAGAUUCUCCAGUUCACAGCAAUUCUGCACCUGCAAAUCUGGGAUCGGGCCUUCCCACAGGGAAUCCCUUAGAUGGCACGUCCAACUACCUUGAGUCUCCCCUCAGUGCUUCAAGGACUCUCUCAUCGCCUAUGAGCUCAGCAGCAUCUGUGAAUACAAUGAGCUCUCCGUACAGAGUGCUCACGUCCUCUAUGGGAUCGCAUUCCGUUCCUUUGUCUUCACCAGCGGGCGUGAAUUUUGCUGCACACACUAGCCCCCAGGUCGGUAGCAACUGAUAUUCUUUUUUUAUGCAAUUUGGUAAACUGGAGUUUUCAUGACUAUGCCGUAUGUUAGGCCCAGUUCUCAAUUAUUUGUGGAAUUCCUUGCAUGUAGGAGGUCUUUCUGAAAGAGAUGAAUAAAGCAGUUGACUUCCCUACUGUGUUCCAGACAAACAGGUAUUCUGCUCCAGAUAUUCCAGAACCUUUCUGCUAUGUUCUAGCAUGACUAGAGACUUGGAAAUAAAAGCUAAAGAAGUUCAGCUAGCGCAAGGAGUGCACCAAGUAAAUCUCUUCUAGAGAGUCAGGGGAAAAGCUGGAACAAAUUUAGAGGUUGUUUGGUGAAAGGAGAGGGAGGAGAAGUUCCAACGGACAACUAAAACUCCUUGCAUAAUAAUAAUUUAUACCCCGCCCAUCUGGCUGGGUUUCCCCAGCCACUCUGGAUGGAUCCCAACAGAAUAUUACAAACAUGAUAAAACAUCAAACAUUAAAAACUUCCCUAAACAGGGUUGUCUUCAGAUGUCUUCUAAAAGUCAGGUAGUUGUUUAUUUCCUUGACAUCUGAUGGGAGGGCUUUCCAAGAGGGUGGGUGCCACCACAGAGAAGGCCCUCUGCCUGGUUUCCUGUAACCUCGCUUCUUGCAGUGAGGGAACCGUCAGAAGGCCCUCGGCGCUGGACCUCAGUGCUGAAUGAUGGGGGUGGAGACGCUCCUUCAGGUAUACAGUACCGAGGCUGUUUAGGGCUUUAAAGGUCAGCACCAACACUUUGAAUUGUGCUCGGAAACGUACUGGGAGCCUAUGUAGGUCUUUCAGGACCGGUGUUAUAUGGUCUUGGCGGCCACUCCCAUUCCUGCAAGGAACUGUUUGGUUGGAUGCCUUCCUAAGAGAUUUGAUUCCCCCUCUCAACAUUGUUUUGCAGCCCCCACUCAACUUCAUCUCUGUGUAUGGUGCACCCUUUGCAAACCUGGUGCCCCUCCCCAUCAGCCCUAGCCAGCACACUUGCAGGCAGAGGAGCUGCAUGCCACAAAUGUACAUGGGCAGUGAGGGUUCGGCGCACAGCGAAACAAUUCAUUGCAGGUCUCAUGAAGCAUUUAUUUAUAAGGCCGUAACAGAUUAUGCUGCCUUCUUGCUAACCACAGAUGUAACAAAUCCAAACCCAGCCUUGGAAAUUUUGUUCUCUCCUUUUGCAACCUUUCUCUGUCCUCCGCGAAGCAAAUUCCACCCCCCUUAAGCCAAGAUUAGGCAGUUUGCUGUUGGCUGUGAGUCCUGUAAGAACAACUUCCCCGUCUCUCAAUCUGGCAACUGGCCUUUUCUACCUGGCCUGGAAGGACUGGGACCCAACUGGUUCCUGUUAUAAAGAGUGUUGCUGCUGCUGCUUAAUAUGGGCUUUGCACGAGGGUGGUCUGAAGGAGUAUUAAAAUCUUUGCAUCCCCAGGUGAGAAAGGGAAAAAGUGCCUACCUGCCUUUCAACAGGCCUCCAUGAUAUAUCCCAAGUGUUGACUGAAUUAUAAGAGCUCAUCCACACUCCCACUUGUCCCAGGGCCAGAGAGCUUUCCCUGGGAAAACCUGCCCUUUCUCACUGAAUCAGAGCAAACAAUGAUACACAGAAAACCAGAUGGAUGUUUGCUGCAAUUCAGCAGUGAAGAGUGAUUUUUCCCUUGGAAAAAGCCGCUGGAACAAGCAGAAGUGUGAACAAGCCCUCGUUCUCACGUUCUUUCGUGGUUUGCGACGUGAGAUUUAGAAGAGGUGUUCAAAUGUUGCUUUUGCUGCCCCGGUAUCACCUGGCUGGGGCAGAUCAUCUGGUAAAAUGUGAACAACCCCCCCCCCUCCAAACCCUUUUGCAAAACAUGGACUCUGAACAGGGGCUGCAGUUCCAAGCUGUCGUGCUGAGUAGCUCGAAGGAGUGCGGUUCACUUGCUUUCCUGCUAAUGGGAUGAGGCAGCUGGUCUUUGGGGAUUAGCAAGCAGUCAGCUAAUGGAUUUGGGUUCAAGCAGCUGUCCCAAGUAUCAUACAUCACUGAGCUUAAUGUGCAGGAACCAAACUCCAAAGACUUUUAAGGAGACGCCGGUUCCCCCUACCCUGUACUUUGGCUGGGGAAUAUGGGAGGGGAAGGUGCUAGACCUGCUUACCAAAUUCUGCUUUUGUUUUUGAAGGAAGCCCUGCCCGAAUUAUGUGGCCCUUAUCCCCCCAACUUGCAAGUGGGUGGCAAGAUUGCAGGUCUACUCUCAUAGCGUGGAGAUGCUGUUCCAGAAGUCCCUGGAGCUAAGAGGGUGGUCGGCUGGGUUUUCACAUUUGCUUUUACAACUCAGAGUGCUUGGAGACAAUGUUUGCUCUUCUUCUUCCUCCUCCUCCUCCCGGAACACCGAACUGCUUCCCAGAAACUGUGCAGCAAAAGGGCAGCAACCCAAACUCCACAAAAAUUGACCGGGUUUCAGCGCUAGCCAAGUGAGCAUUUCCUUAAGGCAAUGCUCAGAAGCAUAGCUGCCAACUGUCCCUUAUUUGGUGGGAAAGUCCCUUAUCCCAGCGCUGUGUCCUGCUGCUGUCCCUUAUUGAUGAUGUCCCUUAAAUUUCCCGGGUUUCAAAGGAAGCAGCUCCUCUCCCUCCCUCCCUGCCGGCCAAGGAGGAGGGAGGCUCCUCAACUGUGCUGCUUGGCUGUGUUGCUCACCCAAUAAGGAGUCUAAGAACGACUGGUUGGUGGAGCUUGCAUGCCUUGUGCUGAACAAAUCGGCCGCGUUGCCUGGGGACUCGCCUUUGCUCAGCGCUUCCCAGCGGAGAGCUGACGGUGGUUUUCCUUGCUGCAUCCCCUUUGCUGGGUUGCUGCGCUGUGGGAACCACCGCUUGAGGCUUUGUUUGGCUGCUGGCUGGGCUUUCUGCCUUUGGCUCGGAGGGGCUCAGAAGUUGAACCUACCUGUGCUCUGAAAAUCCCUUAUUUUGGCUGCUGAUCCCUUAUUUUUGAGGCUGCUGGUUCCUUGUUUUCAUAUCUGUAAGUUGACAGCUAUGCUCAGAAGGUUAAAGUGCCUCACAGCACUGAGCUGCCUCAAGUAGAAGGGUGAUCCUUCAGUGGCUGCCGAUUCUGUAUCCUGCUCUGGAAGCUGGAAUGGGUGGUGGACUCGUGAAGCAACUGCUGGUCACUAGAGUGCUCCUGGUAAGAAGCUAUGGUGCAAAAAACCCCCACAACUUCUGACUGUUGUUGCUCUUCAGCGUGAUCUGUCUCUGAUUCCCCCCCCCCUCCAAACAACAGCACUUAAUGAGUGCAAUUGCAUUGUCCAAAGACAAUGGCAACGCGCUCUAUGUGGGACUACCUUUGAAGGUGACCUGGAAACUACAACUAACCCAGAAUGCGGCAGCUAGACUGGUGACUGGGAGCGGCCGCUGAGACCACAUCACACCGGUCUUGAAAGACCUACAUUGGCUCCCAGGACAUUUCUGAGCACAAUUCAAAGUGUUGGUGCUGACCUUGAAAGCCCUAAAUGGCCUCGGCCCAGUAUACCUGAAGGAACGUCUCCACCCCCAUCAUUCAGCCCAGACACUGAGGUCCAGCGCCGAGGGCCUUCUGGAGAUUCAGUACCUUGGAUUUGUGCCUGAAAGCAAACUCUGGUAACUAGUGUGGUGGGAUACAUUCAUUGAGGUCCAGUGCCGAGGGCCUUCUGGCAGUUCCUUCACUGUGAGAAGUGAGGUUACAGGGGACCAGGCAGAGGGCCGUCUUGGUGGUGGCACCCGCCCUGUGGAACAUCUUCCCAUCACACGUCAAGGAAAUAAACAACUAUCUGACUUUUAGAAGACGUCUGAAGGCAGCCCUGUUUAGGAAAGUUUUUAAUGUUUGAUGUUUAAUCGUGUUUGUAAUAUUCUGUUGGGAGCCACCCAGAGCAGCUGGGGAAACUCAGCCAGAUGUGCGGGGUAUAAAUAAAUAAUUAUUAUUAUAUGCGCUGUACUGAGUUAGGCUGCAGCACAGCAUAGUGGUGUCAGUCUCUGAAAGCUCAUUGCCCUCACUGGGCUUCUGAGCAAGCUGUCUCUGGCCUUUUAAUCUGCCACCUUGAAAACACACUUAACUAUUCCAUACCAAAUAUGCCACAAUAAUUAUUUUUCAAACAAUAACUAACUACAUUGCAAAAUUGUUGUCAUUUUGUUUCCCUGCCCAGGCUGUGUCCAGAUUUCCUAUUUUGUGGGGUGUUUUUUAUUAUUAUUAUUAUUCAGCUGCCCGUUACCUAGAGAACUUUAGCUAUUUAGUAACUAAUAGACACAGCCAAUAAGUACAUCCUGAUUAUACUACUGUUCUCAUCAGCCAUUCUCCCUGAAGAAGAGCUUAUGUCUUAUAUGCACCAAUGAUUUCUGCUUCCCUAAUUAAAAAACAAAAAGGACACCCUGGAAUGUGAUCUCCCUUGGUUUCCAGAAAUUAAACAGUACAGUAAACUGCAUGAAUAUAGGGACAUGGGUGGCGCUGUGGGUUAAACCACAGAGCCUAGGACUUGCCAAUUAGAAGGUCGGCGGUUCAAAUCCCUGUGACGGGGUGAGCUCCCGUUGCUCGGUCCCUGCUCCUGCCAACCUAGCAGUUUGAAAGCACGUCCAAGUGCAAGUAGAUAAAUAGGUACCACUCCGGCAGGAAGGUAAACGGCGUUUCUGUGCGCUGCUCUGGUUCGCCAGAAGCGGCUUAGUCAUGCUGGCCACAUGACCCGGAAGCUGUACACCGGCUCCCUCAGCCAAUAAAGCGAGAUGAGCGCCGCAACCCCAGAGUCGGUCACGACUGGGCCUUUUACCUUUACCUAAACUGCAUGAAUCCAUGUAACACCCCCCACACACUUUAUAGAAGAGGUGAAGCUAGGGGAAGUUGGAGUAGCCAUGUGUUGGUGAUGGGGGCUUCAUCUUUCCCUGCCUGCUGUUUUUCCAGUAUCACUCGUCCCCUUCACAAGACUUUCUUUUAGGUGGACUGCAAAUUGCAUCUUCAGACACAGGACAUUUUUGAGCCCUGCUGAGCGAGGGGAAUUUCCUUGGGUGGGCCAUUUUGAGCAGAGACAAAGGGAAGGAAGAGGAACGAACACCCGUACUCCUGGGAAACUUCGCCUGCUUAAAAUCUCUUGCAAAGUUUCUUGAUGAACUGCUACAUGCUUGGAUGUAGAUUUUGAUCUUUCAUGGGUUUGGCUUUUAAAAAAUACAUAAAAAACACCAAAAUAUUGCUAUCCUUUGUUCUUGAGAGGUAUGUGUGUAAGUCUACAAGAGUAGUUUAUAGAGCUGAAAUAAUAUUAGGAAACCAGUUGAACGGCAAAAGCCACAAGAUGACGCUUGCCCCAAACCAGCAAAGUGCAACAGAUUUGGCUAGACUUCUUGACUUCCCUUCUACUGGUGCUUUUCAGUUAAACCCCCCACAUCACACUUUUCUGAGCCCAAAGGAACACACUAGUAAAAAUGGGAUAAGCACCAUUUGGAGACAUUCACGGUCAUACAUUUGAGUGCUGAAAACUUUCAGAGCAUUCUGGAGCUGACCAAAGUGUCUAGAAGUCUUGGGAACUUCCUUUGGCUUACUUGCUCUGAACAACUGGUUUUCAUACCUUGAUCAAUGUUGUUCUCUUUUGUGCUUCAUGGCCUAUGGAUUGAUUAAUCGGUUAAUUGGUGCAUGAAGGAUCUUGCAUUAAAGCAGUAGAUUGAUCUUAAUACCACUUCCAGCAGUAUAAUUGGAUAUCAGUCAGGAGCUUUUCUAAAGUUGCAUCUGGCCCCAAUAUGGAAACUUAUUAGGUUGGAGCAGUUCCAGGGAAUGCUGGAGUUCCUUGUAAGCAUGUUAAAAGUUCUCUCAAUUCUUGUCCGAAGUGAAACCUCUGAGGUUCAGCAAAACUACCAAGGAAUUCCAGUGGAUGUGUUCGGAGAUUUCACAUUAAGGAUAUUUUGCAGGAGGCUUCAGCAGACCCCUAUAGGAAACAUGUGUAUGAGUUUUUGAACAUCACAUGGUUAUUAUACAUCACUAAGUAUUUGGAUGGGGACGCGGGUGGCGCUGUGGGUUAAACCACAGAGCCUAGGACUUGGCGAUCAGAAGGUGGGCGGUUCAAAUCCCCGUGAUGGGGUGAGCUCCCGUUGCUCGGUCCCUGCUCUUGCCAACCUAGCAGUUCGAAAGCACGUCAAAGUUGCAAGCAGAUAAAUAGGUACCGCUCUGGCGGAAAGGUAAACGGCGUUUCCGUGCGCUGGUCUGGUUCACCAGAAGCAGCUUAGCCAUGCUGGCCACAUGACCCAGAAGCUGUACACCGGCUCCCUCGGCCAAUAAAGUGAGAUGAGCGCCGCAGCCCCAGAGUCGGUCACGACUGAACCUAAUGGUCAGGGGCCCUUUACCUUUAAGUAUUUGGAUGAUCAAAUUUUCUACUGGAAUAUACAUACAAAAGCAAACAUAGAAGGCUGGUGCUUUUACUACCAUAUAAGGCUAUUUGAAGGAUGCACAAAUCACUAGCACACAUAGCAAAUGAAGAAGUAUAAUUGGAAAGUGUGCAGAAAUGUCAGAACUAAAGCAAAUACGAUCAGUAGAAGACACACGGCCUUACAAAGAGAUAUUUGCAAAGGUACAUAGGCAGAAUCUGAAGAAAUUUCACUUCCCAGAGUCCCCAGAUAGCAAGGUUUGUAAACGAAAGAUUUGGAAAUGGUGGGUAUCACACGAGAGAAGGAUGCUUAUCAUUUUCUUUUUUUGGGGAAAAAUGAUUCUAAGACACAGCUUAGCUGGUUGCAGCUCAGAAGGCCAGAAUCUCAGGAGGCACUCAACCUUCUCCCAAGAAGCACUUUCACCAAGAGUCUUAUGGAGAAGUGAGUCAUGCUAUGUCCCCUCUUCCCACUUGUUGUUAUUCAUUGGAUCUGUGGCAGCGGCUUGGCAACUUAGCUUAGAAAUGCCUGGUUGCGCUGUCUCAAAUAGUCAGUCGGGUGCCUUGAGCAUGCACUGGCAGGCUCACAGCCAGACUCUGCUUCUACGAUCUUGCUGGUUACGAUCUUGCUGUUAACGUGAAUGUUGGGUCACAGUCAUAGCAUCAAGCCAAAGAAGCACCUCUCUCUUUCUCUCUGUGUGUCCACCUUCUCUUUUCAGCUUAAUGUCAUGAAUAGUGUCAGCAGCUCUGAAGACGUUAAGCCUCUGCCGGGACUGCAAGGGAUGGGAGCCAUGAAUUACGCAUCCACGAGCCCAGGAUCGCUGACCAAGCACAUCUGUGCGAUUUGUGGGGACAGGUCAUCAGGUACCAAACCUAUUUUAAGCUCUUGACUGCAGCUUGUAUAUGAAGAUACUUGGCAUCUUUAAGGACAUUAUGUCCACCCCCGCAAAAUAAGAUUGUAUUGAUUGGUUUUGGUGUGGGUGGUGCUGUGGUCUAAACUACUGAGCCUCUUGGGCUUGCCAAUCGGAAGUUCGGCAGUUUGAAUCCCCGUGACGGGGUGAGCUCCCGUUGCUCUGUCCCAGCUCCUGCCAACUUAGUACUCCGAAAGCACGCCUGUGCAAGUAGAUAAAUAGGUACCACUCCGGCGGGAAGGUAAAUGGUGUUUCUGUGCACUCUGGGUUCCAUCACAGUGUUCCGUUGCACCAGAAGCUGUUCAAUCCUGCUGGCCACAUGACCCGGAAAGCUGUAUGUGGACAAACGCCGGCUCCCUCAGUCUGAAGCGAGAUGAGCGCCGCAACCCCAUAGUCACCUUUGACUGGACUUAACCAUCCAGGAGUCCUUUACCUUUUUUACCUUUAUUCCUAAUCUGUAGUCAGAUAUUCCAGGGUACAGUGGUGCCUCGCAAGACAAAAUUAAUUCGUUCCGCGAGUUUUGUCGUCUUGCGAUUUUUUUCGUCUUGCGAAGCACGGUGUCGGGAAAGUUUUGGAAAAGCUUCAAAAAUCACCAAAGUCUUUAAAAACCUCAAAAAAGGCUACCACACUGUGUUCUAUGAGUUGCUCCUCGAAGUCAAGUCGCAACUGUAUUAAUGGCGUUAAGAAAAAGGAAACAAAUUUGCAAGACGUUUGCAAAGCAAGCCCAUAGGGAAAAUUGUCUUGCGAAGCAGCUCAAAAAACAAAAAACCCUUUCGUCUAGCGAGUUUUUUGUCUUGCGAGGCAUUCGUCUUGCGAGGUACCACUGUAUUACAGUUCUGAGCACUGUCAUUCUUUAUGGAACUGGGUGUUAACAUGGGAACUUGAGAAUCUCAUACUUACAUUUUUGUCAAGGCAAAUUUCAGGCUCCCUUGAGCUGUAUAAGACAUGGAAGCAGCCAGAAGACUUGGCUAUUCCAUGCUACGCGACCCUGCCUCAUUGAUUUUCUAGUUGAGGUCAGUAAUUCCUGCUCCAGGCCUUUUAAAAGAUCUUCUCCCCAAAGACCAAACUCUUUGAAAGCAAAGUAUUCAGCAAUGCGUAUUCGGCACGUUACACACAAACUUUCUGAUUGAUGGAUUGAAGACAGACAAAUAAGUGCCCCCCCAACAACAAUUUAUCAAAUUCACUGCCACAAGGCAAGGUGAUAGGCAUGGGUGUAGCCCGGAUUUAUGUAGGGGGGGCAAAACUGAGCUAUCUGUGAUGUGAUUGGUCAGUUAGUUAAAUAUUUUUAUUUAUUUACUUGAUUUAGGGUGGCAGCUGUCCCCCUGUCCCCCUGCCCCCUGGCUACACCCAUGGUGACAGGCACCAUCUUAGAUGACUUUAUAGCAGAGUCCUACACGUUUCUUCUGAGAAGCAAGUCCCAUUGAGUUCCAUGGGGCCUUCUCCUUAAAAGGUGAUUAGACAAACCCAUUGCCAAAUGGAGCCAACAUGUUCAGGGGCUAUGGCCUCCAGGCCUUGCUUUUAGUGGGCUAGUUGGAUUGAUCUUUUUGUUUAAUCCAGCAAGGGGAGGGAGGGUGGUCACUAAUGUUCUUAAGUCUCUUAAAAACUACUUUCUGUCUCCAACCUUAGUCUAGCUCGUCAGACAGGUUGAACGUUGCCAGGUUUGGGGUUUCUCAAGAUGAGAAAUUUACUAUGAGGCGUCCUGUUUCUGCCGGUUAAAGGAUUGGAUACUUUUGGACAAUACAGAUGUAUUGGAUUUAGAAGGAUAUGAUAACAGAUUCGGAUGGCACGCGUAUUUGUGGUAUGAUAAGGUUAAAAUUCAUAGAGGCUUCUUAAACCACACUAUAAGGAAAUCAAUUUAUGAGGUAUGGAAUAGAUAUAAAACGUUGCUAGAACGCAAAACUCCAUGGUGGCUUUCACAUUGUUUAGUCGUUUAGUCGUGUCCGACUCUUCGUUACUCCAUGGGCAGGGGUUGCUAAAUUAACACCGUAGAACGGAGCGAGAGAGGCGAAUUUUAGUGUUGCCCAGGGUGCCGCUGAAAUUUGAGAGCCCAAAGUCCACGGCUGCCUCUCUGCACCUCCCUCGAAUCGCUUGCUCUCGUCUCCUGACAUGUGCUUCUGCCUUCUUGCCAGGGAAGCACUAUGGGGUAUACAGCUGCGAAGGCUGCAAAGGCUUCUUCAAGCGGACCAUCAGGAAGGACCUCAUCUACACAUGCCGCGAUAACAAGGACUGCCUGAUUGACAAGCGCCAACGGAAUCGCUGCCAGUACUGCCGCUACCAGAAAUGUCUAGCGAUGGGGAUGAAGAGAGAAGGUAUGUCCGUUUGGGGAGACACAACACACACGCUCCAUCCUUGGUUGCGCUGGCCGGAAUAAUCUGGACAGUUGGUAGCCCAGAAUCUCUGCUCUAUCACUGCACUGGAUGAACCAGUCCCACAGAGUUGGGAGUGAAUACACUGCAGGGCAAACAUUUAUAUUUAUAUUUAUAUUUAUAUUUAUAUUUAUAUUUAUAUUUAUAUUUAUAUUUUUAUAUUUAUAUUUUUAUAUUUAUAUUUAUAUUUAUAUUAUUUAGUGCUUUUUUCCUUUAAAAAUGUUUAGGGGUACUCUCAUUUUGACUCAAGAAAAUCACCAUUUUUUAGUUCAAAUCGGGAAAAAUAAAAACAGUAAAUGGACAAAAGUACAAAGAUUCACAAAAUGUUUCGGGCUAUGCACACCCCUGCAUCCCCCCAGAAAAAAGCACAGAUAUAUUUUAUAUUUUAUAUAUUUAAUAAAUUUAUUUAUUUGGUUUUUCAGAUUAAAAUUUUACAGUCACAUAUCAAACAUACAACAUAGAUACAAGAUUCCAAAGAAUCUCCUGGACUUCCCUUCUCCCCUUUGUGGGUCCUACUGUUAAUCAUUUCCUCCUGAAUCUUUUAUAAUAAUCCAAAUAUUUUACCUCUCCAUUGUGUCCAAAAUUCACCAUUAAACAACAAAUGUUAUUCCAAUACUACUAACAAUUUUAACUAUAUAAAUUACAAAUUUUACAAAAUAAGGAAUUGAAAGUGACGUUCAGUGAUUGGAUAGUUACAGAAAGUUGUUACUGUUGCAUUGUAGUUGAGCUCUAUAUAAGCAGGUUGGCUGAACCCUUCAGUUCAGUUCUGUUCUGGCCUGUGAAUAAACAAGAGCUAUCUGAAGAAUCGCUGUGUCGUCUGAUAUGUUCACCCACAACUUAACAUACCUGAAAUGUUUGGACUGGGGCAAAACCUGGUUUUUUUUAAAUAUAUAUAUAUAUUUUCCUACUCAGCGGUUCAAGAGGAGAGGCAGAGAAGCAGAGAGCGGAGUGAGAAUGAAGCUGAGUCUACAAGCAGCUGUGGCAGCAGCAAUGAAGACAUGCCUGUGGAGAGGAUUUUAGAGGCUGAAAUGGCUGUUGAGCCCAAAACCGAAUCUUACAGUGAUGUGAACGCUGACAACUCAGUAGGUGGCUGCUUGGGACUGGGCUGUUACUUGGACAACUUAUUAUUACUAUUAGUAGUAGUAGUAGUAUUAAUUAAAUUUCUGUUUAUUAAAUUUGAGAGUGAAGAAUAAUGAGAGUAAUUCAUACAUGCAUGCCCAGAGGGCCAAACUACACAUUUUGCUAAACAGGCUUUUAAAAAAAAAAGUGCUUAAGCUGGCCUUUUUUAAAAAGCAAAGAAAAGCUGCUGGUCCAAACUGGGAUCCUGCUGAAAUUCACACACCCCUGAUGAAAUAUACUCGGAGUUGAGAGUGGAUUUCAUGCUCUUUAUUCAGCUCUUAGUGGUGAGGAGGAAUGGGAGUUCCCCCAGAAUGUCUGCUUUAUAUACAUUAUUUACACGAUGGGCCCCACGUGAUUGGCUAAUUCCGGGAUUCUCCUGUAGGCCAAUCAGGUUGCGGAUUCCCUUCCACCUGGAGCUGGAUUGGGUGGCUCCUGUGGACCAAUCAGACUGCUGCAUUCUGGAUCCUAUUGUUCUAGGACCAAUCAGACUGCUGCAUUCUGAAUCCUAUUGUUCUAGGACCAAUAGACUGCUGCAUUCGGAAUCCUAUUGCUCUAGGACCAAUCAGACUGCUGCAUUCUGAAUCCUAUUGUUCUAGGACCAAUCAGACUGCUGCAUUUUGGAUCCUAUUCAACUCAGUACAUAACACCUGACUUCUGUUUGUCUCGAAGGUACUGUUUGUGGUGGGGAACUAUUAUUAAUAUCAGUAUUAUUUAUUUAUUAAAUUUGUAUACCACCGUUUACCCACAGGUCUCAGGGUGGUUCACAAAAUAAAUAGCAGACAGGGGGAAUUUGGGGGCUGGGAACCCACGUGGCUUCUUUUGCACCAGCAUAAAAGCGGUCAGCUUAAGCGCACACACACUUCUUAAAAAGCAGGUUUAACAUAACAUGCUGUUGGCCUGAUCCUGCCAGCUCAAAGCACAGCCCACCUAAUGCUGGAGAGCUUUAACCUGCAGAGCCAUCCUCUGUCAAUGGCAGAAGUUGCCUCAGUCCAGAUCUAUGCUGGUUCGAUGAAUAUGCAGCAUUCAAAGCAUUGUGCGCAGACCAGACCUGAUUCAAACUGGGCAAGGUGUCAGCAGUUCUAUGUGAAGUGCCUGUUGAGCUUUGCAAAGAACGAACACUUACGACAUGGCGUCUUUUGGCAUAUGCACUGCAGAUUCGCAGUCUGAAGGGGAGUUGGUUGAUCGGUUGUGUUGAGAACUUAGGCUAGGUAUAAAUGGUAUUCUUUGGCAGAGGAGAGCAGCAAGGGUGGUUUGGUUGUCUUUCAGAGAAUUCUGACCAUUUUGCCUCCAGUCUUCUCCCUGAGGAACCAACUGACUGGAAAUAAAUAAACAAAUAAUAAUAAUAAUAAAUUUUAUUUAUACCCCGCCCUCCCCAGCCCGGGCUUAGGGCGGCUAACACCAGGUAUAAAAACAAUUGAUUAAAAUACAACUUAAAAACAAGAUUAAAUACAACAUUAAAAUGCAGUCUCAUUUCAGAAGAAACUCAAAUCAAAAACUUUUUGGGGAUGAAAACGUCAAAUCUUCACCAAGGCCAACUAUCCAGACUGGUCCUAUGUGGGCCAGAAAAAAGCCAGUAAAAGUAAAGGUAAAGGGGACCCCUGACCAUUAGGUCCAGUCGUGACCGACUCUGGGGUUGCGGCGCUCAUCUCGCUUUACUGGCUGAGGGAGCCGGCAUACAGCUUCCGGGUCAUGUGGCCAGCAUGACAUGCGUGGCCAGCGCACGGAAACGCCCGCCGGAGCGGUACCUAUUUAUCUACUUUCACUUUGACGUGCUUUUGAACUGCUAGGUUGGCAGGAGCAGGGACCGAGCAACGGGAGCUCACCCCAUCCCGGGGAUUCAAACCGCUGACCUUCUGAUUGGCAAGUCCUAGGCACUGUGGGUUAAACCACCUGCGUCCCUGUACCACCCACGUCCCUCAAAUCAAAAACUUUUUGGGGAUGAAAAUGUCAAAUCUUCACCAAGGCCAACUAUCCAGACUGGUCCUACGUGGGCCAGAAAAAAGCCAGGGAAGUCCCCAAAUAGGAGUUCCGUCACAGAAGGAGAAAGGAAAAAGGAAAGAGGGGGAGGGAGGGCUGGGGUGGGAGAGGGAGGAUUUGAAAGACAACAGUCAUGCUGGUGGCAGUUCAAGGGUGUUUCCCCAUGUGUGUCUUUGUGGCCAGUGUUGGCUGUCAGCAGCCGCAACGCAGGGCCUUUUAUCCUGGUCUCCAUUAUGACCUUGUCUGAGGGGUAGAGAGUUCACAAAACAAAGGCAGACAAAAGCCCAUGUUCUUGCUUCAGGUUCAACCAAUAGCCACCACCGCUGCCUGAAUAUGUUACUCUCUGGGAACAGAGAUGACGCUAUGGGUGCUCCCAGUUUGAAUUCCAGUGGGAACAGAGCACUCUUGGUGGUGCAGAAGAGCAGGCGGUGAAAGCCAAGGACAUAUUUCCUUCUCCCAAAAUGGACCUUUCAGAACAACCUUCCUUCAGAGAACUCAAAUAGUGGCAACCAACUAUGUUCAUCUUAGAACUAGGCACUGAAAGGUGCCUUCAGUAGUGUCUAAAUUAAUAUAAUAAUAAUAAUAAUAAUAAUAAUAAUUUAUACCCCGCCCAUCUGGCUGGGCUUCCCCAGCCACUCUGGACGGCUUCCAACAAAAUAUUAAAAUACAGUAAUGCAUCAAACAUUAAAAGCUUCCCUAAACAGGGCUGCCUUCAGAUGUCUUCUAAAAGUCUGGUAGUUGUUGUUCUCUUUGACAUCCGGUGGGAGGGCGUUCCACAGGGCGGGUCCAUAUUCAGUCCAUAUUGCAAAUGCAAUAUGCACAUUCAUCUAUCCAGGCAAGAAUUACUUGAUUGAGUUGCAGGAUUAUUUAGCUUUGCUGGGGUUACAAACCAGAAAUGGUGUGUACUAUGAAAACAAAGACCCUAGCAGGUGUGCAUUACAAACAACCACUAGAUUUUGGAUUAAAGGUAAAGGUAAGGGAACCCCUGACCGUUAGGUCCAGUCACGGAUGACUCUGGGGUUGCGGCGCUCAUCUCGCUUUACUGGCUGAGGGAGCCAGCGUACAGCUCCCACGUCAUGUGGCCAGCAUGACUAAGCCGCUUCUGGUGAACCAGAACAGCACAUGGAAACGCCGUUUACCUUCCCGCCGGAACGGUACCUAUUAAUCUACUUGCACUUUGAUGUGCUUUCGAAUUGCUAGGUUUGCAGGAUUAACACCAAUAAUUUCUGGUUUGCACAGUCUCCAUGUAUAGAGUCUUUUGCCUGCAAAUUAUUAAAUGGCCAUUGCCAAACCCUGGUUGUGAGUGACACCUACCAAUAUCCCAAGGGGUUGCAGCCUAUGUCACUGCUAAAAAUGGAUAACAGAGAGGAAAGCUUCCUCUGCUGGUCAUUGCCAGUAAAGUGCCUGAGAAAAAGCGCUCUGCUAUUGUCCAAUAAACGGAGGAUGAGAAAAGUGCCGGUAACUUGAACCAAAGGUGGCAACAGUUAAGAGUUUGAAAUGAGGGCAAAAAGUGAUAAAAUGAAAGCAUUCUUCCCUGUGUUGUGUAUAGUGGUACCUCGGGUUACAUACGCUUCAGUUUACAUACGCUUCAGGUUACAGACUCCACUAACCCAGAAAUAUUACCUCGGGUUAAGAACUUUGCUUCAGGAUGAGAACAGAAAUCGUGCUCCAGUGGCGCAGCAGCAGCGGGAGGCCCCAUUAGCUAAAGCGGUGCUUCAGGUUAAGAACAGUUUCAGGUUAAGAACGGACCUCCACAACGAAUUAAGUACUUAACCCGAGGUACCACUGUACACAAAUCACUUUUGUUCUAUGACCGCUUUUAGUCAAAGAGAUUUUGUGGGCUUUUGAAUCACUGCAGAAACUUGCAGAUGCUGUUUAUUGGAGUAAUAAUAAUAAUAAUAAUAAUAAUAAUUUAUUUAUACCCCAGCCACUCUGGGUGGCUCCCAACAGAAUAUUAAAAACAUGAUAAAACAUCAAACAUUAAAAACUUCCCUAAACAGGCCUGCCUUCAGAUGUCUUCUAAAAGUCAGGUAGUUUAUUUCCUUGACAUCUGAUGGGAGGGCGUUCUACAGGACGGGCGCCACUACCGAGAAGGCCCUCUGCCUGGUUCCCUGUAACCUCGCUUCUCGCUGUGAGGGAACCUCCAGAAGGCCCUCGGUGCUGGAUCUCAGUGUCUGGGUUGAAUGAUGGGGAUGGAGACGCUCCUUCAGGUAUACUGGAGGCAUUCUAGGCUCACUGUGUCCAUCCUAUGGGCACCAAUGCCUGAUUCAAAAACCUUUUUGCCUUCAAGCAUUUUUUAUGGGUUCAGUAUUUGGGGUGCUUUCAGUAACGGGGAGCAGGAUAGCUAUGACGACGAGGUGGCGGCGGUUGAAUUUACUCACCCACAUGCCUGCUUCUCGCUUAGACCAAUGAUCCUGUCACCAACAUAUGCCACGCGGCUGACAAACAACUCUUCACGCUGGUGGAAUGGGCCAAGCGAAUCCCACACUUCUCAGACUUAACACUGGAAGACCAAGUUAUCCUCCUCCGAGCAGGUAUGGAUUUUGGCCCCCUCACCUUGCCACUGCUGUACUUCCUUCAAUCACUUGAGGCAAGUUUUUAUUAAACAUUUUCAGGUUGCGUCCUGCGGUGACCCGGAAGUAACAGAACGGGUUACUUCCGGGUUUCGCCGCUCGCGCAUGCGCAGACGCUCUAAAUGACAUCACGCACAUGUGCAGAAGCGGGGAAUCGCAACGCGCGCAUGCGCAGACGCUGGUUGCAUUCUGCUCAGGAUGCGAAUGGGGCUCCGGAACGGAUCCUGUUCGCAUCCAGAGGUACCACUGUAUUUAUUUUUUUAUUUUUUAAAAAUUAACAAUUUCAACAUAACAAAAUAUCAGAACAUAUCAUAUUCAUUAAUUUUUCCCUUUUCUCCCCCACCUCCCCAUCGAACCCUCCCUCCCUCCCCCCCCGAUACUUCCCUCAGCUCCUGUGAUUUCUCAACACAUGUUAUUCUCUGCAUACUGUAAAAUUAUAUAAAUCCUUAUAUUGUCUUUUAAAUAUCUUUCUGGGAAGUGAGUUAUUGGUUUGCUUUUGUUUUUUAAGUAUUUUGUGCUGCAGUUUUGUGUUUUUAUGUUGUGAACCACCCUGUGAUUUUCAGAGGAAGGGCAUGUGGCGAUCACACAGGGUCCCCGGACGUUUCACCGUCUAUUGAUCCCUGUGCCACCACUUUAUUUCUCGCUGCCACCACCCAGGCCCUACCUGGUACAAUACUGAGUCCAGUCAGGGUUAAAUUGGAACAUAAACUUCUGUUUAUUUAUUGCAGUUUAACAAGCGUGUGGUUUCAUAAACGGUAUUGGUCAAUUACAAUCAUAGGGUGCCUAUCCAGACCUAUAACUUCCGCUACCUGCUCUCACUCACUAAACCACCUCUCAGAUAUUUACUUGUCUUCCUAGCUCCUAACUGUUCCUGACUCAGCUUAUUUCACUACACUAACUCACCCUAACCACAGACUCUAUCCCAAUUCACUCCCACUCCCACCAACCACCCGACUCCCAACGAACUCUCCUUUCGCCCCUUCCAGAGCUGGUUUUAUAGUCCCUCUGACUCCACCCCCCUGAGUUCUGAUUGGGUAACCUGUUUAACUAAUUCACCUCCAGCACUCUCAUAUGUUAACAUCACAGGGCAGUAUACAAAUUUAAGAACUGAAUAAUAAGCAAGCAAGCAAGCAAGCAAGCAAGCAAGUGAUAGCUUUGCUACACCCAACACAAAUAAAUCCAGUUCACAUUAAGGGCUUGUAAGAGGCAAGUCCCAUAAGAUGCAUCUGUUUCACUCCUGUCUUCUCUUCUAGGUUGGAAUGAGCUGCUGAUUGCCUCUUUUUCCCACCGCUCUGUCUCCGUCCAGGACGGCAUCCUGCUGGCCACAGGCUUACAUGUGCAGCGGAGCAGUGCGCACAGCGCAGGAGUGGGCUCCAUUUUCGACAGGCAUGUUUCUGAACUCUUGUUUUGACGUUUGCACUUUUCUACGUUCACAGCUUCUUUGAGUUGAUUUGGUGGAAUAAAAAGCUCUGUUAGGAGAUAGCAGAAAUCACGGGGUUAAAGCUGACCAAAAGUCCAGAGGUAGCAUUUUUAUCCAUUUAUGAUGGGGUGGAAGGUUCACAGGCGACGAAGGACUUGCUCACAAAUUUAUUGACAGCUGCACGAAUUAUUAUAGCCAGGAAGUGGAAGGGGCGAGCAGAAUAUCAAAUGGAAGAAUCGUACAAAGAGGCUUGGAAAUAUAGCUAUUAAUGAUAAAUUAACAUGUGCCAUUAAGGUAAGAUGGGGAAUAUGUAGGAGAAAUGAUUUUAAAGAGAUAUGAUGGGUGCUUGUAGAAUGUGUAUUGCUAAAAUGGAGGCACGAGAGGUGUUGAAAUUUUGCGAGGUUGCAGAGUUAUAAUGGAAUGGUCUCAGUGGUGGGGUGCACAUUUUUCUGCUUAUUUAUGUAUGAUUAAUUAUUAAUUUAAUUUAAUAAUGAGCAAAUAAAAGGAAAACAACGUUUAAGCUACCGGGGGACUUAGGGAAAAUCCACUUCUUGAGCCUUUCAGGAAGGGAAAAAAGCUCUCUGGGUAGUGGUGUGCAGCCAACAUUAACCAUAACCCGUAUCUAUCCUGCCUUUUCUUAUGAAAUACUGUGUUUCGCUGUCUUUUCUCCCAGACCACCUUCAACCCGAGUCGAUAAAAAGAGCAACCUAGAUGCGUUUUAAGCUGGUAAUGUUUGCACAGCCCGCAUAGCUGCUUCCAGGCAAGCGUCUCUUAGCACUAUAAAUGAACACCCAUUUAGUAUAAACCAUAAGCAGAAUUGCAGUUGACUUUCCACACUAUUGGGGUAUUCCAUAUCUUCUGUCCAUUCAUGCCGAUAUGAGCUGCUCAAACAUAUUUACUGGUGGCGAAGGGGAACAGAAGGUCCUGUUCACCUGAGUCGGCAUUUGAAACAAAAUACACCUUCACUAUAAACUUGGUGGUGGUGGAUGUUAUUUUAUCACCCAAUUUAUUUUUUUAAUCAUUCUUUUAAUUACUGCUAAAAUGGUUUUCUGGUUAUAUCAUUCAAUUAAAAAAAAAAGAUGAGAAAACAAAUUUUGACAAUAUGGUGGUCAAGGAUUUCUUCCAUCUUUUUUGUAAAGGAAUGUUAUAACUUUAUUUCAUUUAAGCAAUUAUAGCAAAAAUAAAAUAAAAAAAUGCUAUAUGCAGUUCACUGCAGAUGGUGACAGCAGUCAUGAAAUUAAAAGAUGCCUGCUUCUUGGGAGAAAAGCAAUGACAAACUUAGACAGCAUCUUAAAAAGCAGAGAAAAUCACCUUGCCGACAAAGGUCUGUAUAGUUAAAGCUAUAGUUUUCCCAGUAGUGAUGUAUGGAAGUGAGAGCUGGACCAUAAAGAAGGCUGAUCACCGAAGAAUUGAUGCUUUUGAAUUAUGGUGUUGGAGGAGACUCUUGAGAGUCCCAUGGACUGCAAGAAGAUCAAACCUAUCCAUUCUGAAGGAAAUCAGCCCUGAGUGCUCACUGGAAGGACAGAUCCUGAAGCUGAGGCUCCAAUACUUUGGCCACCUCAUGAGAAGAGAAGACUCCCUGGAAAAGACCCUGAUGUUGGGAAAGAUGGAGGGCACAAGGAGAAGGGGACGACAGAGGACGAGAUGGUGGGACAGUGUUCUCGAAGCUACCAGCAUGAGUUUGACCAAACUGCGGGAGGCAGUGGAAGGCAGGAGUGCCUGGCGUGCUCUGGUCCAUGGGGUCACAAAGAGUCGGACACGACUAAACGACUAAACAACAACAACAAAGAAAAAAAAUAUUAUUAUUUUAGUGUUAAUCAGAAGACUAAUUUAAAAAGGAGCAGAAGUGUAAAAUGACGCCUGCAGAAAUGGACCUGAUUAAUGUGUGCUGAGCUGUGAUAGUUCACUGCUAGGCCACUGCCUUUUGAAAGGAAGAAGGGUGGUGCUUAGGAAAAGUCAAUGAGUGCCUUCGUGCCUUCCAGGUGUUGUUCAACCCCAUUGAACAACACCUCCCCAUUUCCCCUGUUCAGCAUGGCCAAUGGUCAGGAAUGAUGGGAUAAGCCACCUGUGCAUGGAGAGAUGGUGCCACUCUUUAAUUCAGAAGAAAGUGAGCUUUCUGUGCUCUGAGAAAAGGUGGAAGAACAAGAUGGAAAACACAGGAUAAUGGUGACUGGAUGAUGGUACUAUAUGUGUCAAGGCUCAGGGAAUACUAUCCCUCCCCCAGUGGCAGCCAGCCCCCCACAAGUAGAUAACACGAAGAGUCCUUACCAUGUAAUUUAUUCAGUAUUCACAGAGUGACAAAGGGAUGUAGUCUCUAUGCCAUGAUGGGGUUGCUCCAAGUCAAGUCCCAGCCCCCUUCGUCUCCCCUAUUCAGGGCUGGUUUUAGGUUUGAUGAGGCCCUAAGCUACUGAAGGUAAUGGGGCCCUUUAUAUGUCCAGCUGUCCUUUGUCAACAACAAAUGGUCGUUGUAUUUUGUGUUGAAUAUAGGCUAUAUGGUAAUUUAUGGACCUAAUAGGUAUCUAAAGCCAUUUGCACAUAACAAAUGGCUACACAACACAAAACACUGUGGCCUAUGUAGGUUUUAUUUUAUUUGUUUUUUAUCUUAUAUUUUGGAACUGUACAUCUAUUCUUUUCCUUUAAUUUUUUGGGGGCCCCCCAAGAGAGUGGGGCCCUAAGCUAUAGCAUGUUUAGCUUAUACGUAAAUCCGGCACUGCCCCUAUUCUACGUCAGACCUGCGCCAGCUAAUCGGAGCCUUCUGCCUCUGAGCUUUCUGUUCUACUACUCUCAGUGCACGCCGGGUCCUGGGAGAGGGGGGUCAGGAAUGCUUUCCAAGGACACUGAGUCUCUCAGCUGUCUCCCCUAGUGCUUUUUCUUCUUCUUGCUGCUCCUGUUCCAAUAUUUCCCAGCUUCUCCCCUCUGCAGCCUCUGAAUUAUGCCCUUCUGCAAACCACUGAUCUAAAUCUAUACUGUCCUCCUGUUCUCAGGAAGGGUCAGGAGAAGGGUCUUCACCAUUCCUCCUCAGUCCAGCUUCUGACAAUAUGGAUGCCCCUUGAAAAGUGAAUGAACGAAGCCUGGCAAUUCCACACUGUGGUGUGAAGGCACCUCGGACUGCUAUUUGCACACUGAGUGCACCACUGCAGACUUUGAUUCUCCAAUUCCCUCUCUUGUCUCUAAUACAGGGUCCUUACUGAGCUGGUAUCCAAAAUGAAAGACAUGCAGAUGGACAAAUCUGAGCUGGGGUGCCUACGAGCCAUUGUCCUGUUCAAUCCAGGUAUGUGUGGAUGCCUGGGGAAGCUGGUCCAGGGUCACAUCAACUUGUGAAUAAAUUUAGCCCUGGGUUCUCCUGGGCAGGCCUGUUCUUGCUGGUUCUAGGGAAAGGCCUUCUCGGUGCCCUCUUCUCUCAACAGCUCAGCUUUGCCAUCACUCCCUCAUUCAUCCAUGUGGCACUGAGGUAGCCAAGUUAGUCCAGUGGCAGGAAAAUACGGAAGAAAGAUGGUGCUUAAAGAGAACGGAAAUGGAGCAAUGCAUGGAGAGGAAUGACUGAACAGCAGUGGGGAUGGCAGUAGAAAAGAUGAAUAAAAUGUGUAGGCCUCAUAUUGUAAGGAAGGGGAUACCACUUGAAGCCUGCCUAAGGCCAUCUUAAGGGACGCGGGUGGCGCUGUGGGUUAAACCACUGAGCCUAGGGCUUGCCGAUAAGAAGGUCGGCGGUUUGAAUCCCCGUGACGGGGUGAGCUCCCGUUGCUCGGUCCCUGCUCCUGCCAACCUAGCAGUUCGAAAGAACAUCAAGGUGCAAGUAGAUAAAUAGGUACCGCUCCAGCGGGAAGGUAAACGGCGUUUCAGUGUGCUGCUCUGGUUCGCCAGAAGGGGCUUAGUCAUGCUGGCCACAUGACCCAGAAGCUGUACGCUGGCUCCCUCGGCCAAUAAAGUGAAAUGAGCAUUGCAACCCCAGAGUCGUCUGCGACUGGGCCUAAUAGUUAGGGGUCCCUUUACCUUUUUAAGGCCAUCCUGUUGCCAUGUAAUGGCCAUGAGGCAGUCUUUUUUGGUUUCUGGCCGGUACCACAUAGUAAAGUAAAAAAGGUCAAGGACCCUUGGAUGGUUAAGUCCAGUCAAAGGUGACUAUGCGGUGUGGCACUCAUCUCACUUCAGGCCGAGGGAGGUGGUGUUUGUCCACAGCUUUCUGGGUCAUGUCUCCUUCUUUGGAGGUCUUUAAGCAGAGGCUUGACAACCAUAUGUCAGGAGUGCUCUGAUGGUGUUUCCUGCUUGGCAGGGGGUUGGACUCGAUGGCCCUUGUGGUCUCUUCCAACUGUAUGAUUCUAUGAUUCUAUGCAGCCAGCAUGACUAAACUGCUUCUGGUGCAAUGGAACACCGUGACGGAAACCACAGCACAUGGAAAUGCCGUUUACCUUCCCGCCACAGUGGUACCUAUUGAUCUACUUGCACUGGUGUGCUUUUGAACUGCUAGGUUGGCAGGAGCUGGGACAGAGCCACGGGAGCUCACCCCAUUGCGGGGAUUCGAACCGCUGACCUUCUGAUCUGCAAGUCCAAGAGCAGGCUUCUUCAACCUUGGCCCUCCAGAUGUUUUGAGACUACAAUUCCCAUCAUCCCUGUCCACUGGUCCUGCUAGCUAGGGAUCAUGGAAGUUGUAGGCCAAAAACAUCUGGAGGGCCGAGGUUGAGGAAGCCUGCCCAAGAGGCUCAGUGGUUUAGACCACAGCGCCACCCAUGUCCACCUUUACCUUUACCCAAUAUUAUAUAUUAGGGACAGCAGUGUUUCUUCUCAGAGCUCUCUUUCAGGUAGAUGGGUAAUAUUAUUGCUCUGCCUGUUUUUCCAGUUAAUUACGGUUUCACAGCUAACAUACACCAUGGAGUACGAUGCUAUUACGGUUCACUUGGCCAUUCUGCAACCUACAGAUAAGGAGUGGGCAAUAGCUGUGCUGUUUUUUAAUCAUGAUUCCCCUCCCCUCCUUGCUCUCUCACCCCAUCAGAUGCCAAGGGUCUGUCUAGUCCUGCAGAGGUGGAAUCGCUACGUGAGAAAGUUUAUGCAGCUCUGGAGGCGUACACCAAACAAAAGUAUCCUGAUCAACCGGGAAGGUAAAUAGAAAGAGGCUCAGCACCACUCUUAACACAGAAUGAUGUUGGAAAGUGCAGAAUACCAAUGGUGGUGCUUCUGUGUGUUUGGUUGGUUCGGAAACAUUCAGUGGACAAGAGAGCCAAAAGGGACAAAUCAGUAGUGGGCAACAACCUUGCUAGAUCUAGAUCUGGAGAUGACCUGUACUUGGAUCAGUGACAACCUAAAACCCCUUGAAUAUCACGUUGAGUUCCCUAGAGGAAAAACGAGAUCUAAAUUUAUUAAAUAAAUAAAAAGUCUAUAUUUCUUAGAUCCAGAAUUGACCGUCAAUCCCAAAUAGGGAUGUGAGAAGGCAGCUGUUUUUGUCCCAACCUGUAUCCAUCACAAUCACCGCCGCUUACUUUCUGCUGCAGUUUGGUUUCCACCAAAUAUGACAUUCACUGGGCUCAUUUCUAGGCACAGGUCUGGACUUUAAAGCUCCAUGUCUGAGCACUCUACACACACACACAGACGCUGUUUUCCCUAGGAAAACCUGUGUUUUACCACUGAUCACAGCAAACAACCAUUGGGUUUUCCCAGGGAAAGUAUCAGGAUGAAAAAGGAACUGUUCAGACGCAGACCUUUAAAGCCCAGAUCCGUGCCUGGAAAGAACAGGGCGAAAGGAAGUCUGAGUGAGCCCUGAGUCUUGCACUCCUCUCUUUAAUGUAACUUAUAUUCAUUUCAGUGGAAAGGAAGCUGAUGUCAAAACAACAUAAAAACAGUCCCUAAUUGUGCAUCACUUUUGAACUGAAAAUGCCAACAGCAAUGUGAACAAACACUGAUUGUUUUUCUGUUUUUUGGGGAAUUAUCCAACAUCGCAUUCGUUUAUUUACUCCAGAGCAACAAGUUAGAAAUGAACCAGGGACAUGGGUUUCAGCAGGGAAACGAGAAGUUAGAUCAGGGGUCAGCAAACUUUUUCAGCAGGGGGCUGGUCCCUCAGACCUUGUGGGGGGCCAGACUAUAUUUUGAUGGAAAAUAAUGAACGAAUUCCUAUGCCCCACAAAUAACCCAGAGAUGCAUUUUAAAUAAAAGCACACAUUCUACUCAUGUAAAAACACUCUGAUUCCCUGACCAUCUGUGGGCUGGAUUUAGAAGGUGAUUGGGCCAGAUCCGGCCCCCGGGCCUUAGUUUGCCUACCCAUGAGUUAGAUGGAGCAACUUUCUGUUCUGGUGGCCGGAGAUCAGAGCCUUUGCCUCCUGAUCUCAGCCACUCUAAAGUUGGCAAUCUCUCUUUAAGAAGACUGCAGUACCCACCUGUCUCUGUCAAACCUCUAGAUAAGGAAAUGACAGAGGGGGGAGGAAGUACAGGCUGACAGUGGAGAGCCAACUUUGGAGGUGACUUUUCUUCUGGAUCUCACCUUCUCUUUCCUUCCAGUAGCCUUUGAAAUAACUGUUGUUGUUGUUGUUGUUGUUUAGUCGUUUAGUCGUGUCCGACUACCUGGGGUGUACGAGCCAUCCAUAUCUUUCUGGUAUAAUUCCUCUGUGUAUUCUUGCCACCUCUUCUUGAUGUCUUCUGCUUCUGUUAGGUCCUUACCACUUCUGUGCUUUAUUAUGGUAAUCUUUGUACGAAAUUGGAAUAACUACGUUAUCCAAUUCUGCCAUCUGCUGGUUAACAUGCAAAUGGGGAGUCAUUAAAAGUUAUCUUCUGCGUAUUUCUCCUACAUCUUCCUCUCUCCUCCUCCACCACCCCUUUUUGGGUGAUUUUGGUAUUGAAUAGAUUUGAAAGGAAUUGGGGCAAAUGUGGAACGGUGGUUAUUUAUAGUGUGCAUGCUGUUUAAUGGCUUUAAUGCUUUGUCAGCCGCCUCUAGGCUGGAAGGGAUGAAGUAGAAUAUUUUAAAUUAACAGUGUAAAGACCAACAGUACAGCAAGACUAACAGUACACAGCUGGGGCCAUAAUAUCCUAAAUGGUCACCCACAAGUUUUUUGGGGGGAAAGGUGAAUUUUAUACCCUCCAAGAGGUCACUUGCGUGGGACAGCUCUCCACCUCGUGGGUGCCCUUUUGCCAUUCCAUUAAAAAGCAACUGCAGUCAAGGUUCUGCUCCUGGCCGCAUAUGUUGGCAGGGCCUGGUCCACAGGUUGUAAAUGCCAAUGGGAUUCAUGUGGAGAAAAGUGGAGUUUAUAAAUAAUGUGUAUCCAAGGUGUGAAAAACUUGCAGGAGGGGAUUCAAUGCCUUGGAUUUGUGCCUGAAAGCAAACUCUGGUAACUAGUGUGGUGGGAUACAUUCAGUGAGGCCCAGUGCCAAGGGCCUUCUGGCGGGUCCCUCACUGUGAGAAGUGAGGUUACCAGGCAGAGGGCCUUCUCGGUGGUGGCACCUGCCACGUGGAACAACCUCCCAUCGGAUGUCAAGGAAAUAAACAACUAUCUGACUUUUAGAAGACAUCUGAAGGCAGCCCUGUCCACCAGAUGGACAGGGUAUUAUUAUUAUUAUUAUUAUUAUUAUUAUUAUUAUUACCAAUAUCCAAAAGAAAGUCAGGAAGCAGCUGAGAUCUCUUUAAGUCCAACCCCAUGUUAGGUACAUUAUGCAGUUGUCAGUCUAAGAAGGCUGACCCAUUUUAAGCUCUAAAAUACAGAUAAAUGUUUUGGUGAAAGCAGGGGGGGUAUCGUUUCUGAGUGAAAUGAAGUUUAGUUUCUUUUCCUACGUCUUCCUGUGAUCUGCAGUGGAUUUAAAGCUAAAAUGAAAAACCUAGACUAGAGACCAUCACACAAACUGCUUCCUCCCUGUCUCAUUGGCAUUUUAGUGAUAUGGUGCCUUUCUAUAUACCAUAUUUUUUGCUCUAUCUCACUUUUUCCCUCCUAAAAUGUAAGGGGAAAUAUGUGUGCAUCUUAUGGAGCAAAUGCAGGCUGCACAGCUAUCCCAGAAGCCAGAACAGCAAGAGGGAUUGCUGCUUUCACUGCGCAGCGAUCCCUCUUGCUGCUCUGGCUUCUGAGAUUCAGAAUAUUUUUUGCCUUGUUUUCCUCCUCCAAAAACUAGGUGCGUCUUGUGGUCUGGUGCAUCUUAUAGAGCGAGAAAUAUGGUAUAUCCUGCUCAGAGCUGUUUACACACACACACACACACACACACACACAGCAACAAGUCACAUAUCACAAUAUCAAGACAUUUUCAAAAGUGCAUAGUAAUAAUAACCAGCAUUAAACAAUUCAAAAACCAAAUUUAAUUCCACCAGAGUUUAGCUCUAUCCUGUUCUGUGGGUGCUUGAGGCGCACAGAGGAAGCAGGCAGUAUCUGUGAAGUUGGGUUGCCAUAGUCAAGGUCACAUCAAGCAGAUAAAGCCUGGUCAAGCUCCCUUAGGCAGUGGGUGUGGAAGACCAGGACCUUGGAUAGCUCAAAAUGAGCCCUGCUAGCUAAAUCUCUCUCCUGCUGUAGUUGCAGGAAGCUGUGGUCUUGGCAGGGAAAUGCAGCCAACUGUAGACUGACAAGACCCGUCCUGUGGUUGGUUCCACAUCCCCAGAGGAGAUGGCUGGGUUGUUAAAAGGCUAUUGCCUGAUUUUACAGUUGGCGUGCCCCGAAAGGCUGGGGAACUGGACAUGUGGCAAUUGGUGCAUCCUACAAAUCCGAGAAUAGUGCCAAAACUGUGUCUGGAAGGCCCCAGACUAGCAGGAAGUGGCCUGAGCCUUCUCUGCCUUUGACUGCAAAAUCCAGGAUUGUGAAUCUUGGCAAGCUAAUGCAAUAAUUAAGCCAUAAUCACAACAUGGAUAUAAAAUCAGGAGGCAGUAUCCAGCUGGCAUAUUCUGUCAGUGCAAGGAGUUCUGCUUGUGCAAUGAUCCUUCCCAUCUUCUCUCCCCAGCCUGUCCCCAAAUCUGCUCUGGGAAACCCAGACGGAACAUGUUGUUGUGCAAGCUGAACCCCUUGCACAUUGCUUAGCACAUUGCUUAGCACAACAGUGGACACUGCAGCACAGAACACAAUUCGUAAUAACAAUGACAUGUCGACAGUCCAUACAAACAGUGCACAAAGCACAGCCAGACAUUAGAGCGGGGUCGGCAAGGCUUACCAGGCAUGGGCCAGAUCACUCCCACAAAGAUCCUCCGUGGGCCGGGCCGGCGCAGCACGAUGCUGGAAAUCGCAUCUGUGCAUGUCCGCGGUGCCGGAAAUUGCUUCUGUGCCUGCCCAGAUGCUGAAAAUUGCACCUGCGCAGGCGUGAUUUUCAGUGUCUGGGCAGGCGCAGAAGCAAUUUCCGGCACAACGGACAUGCGCAGACGUGAUUUCCAGCAUCUGGGAAUGCGCAGAAGUGAUUUCCAGAGCUGCAGAAGCGAGUCCCCGCACCGCACGGGGUUUAGCACAGCGCACGGGGGCUCGCCAAGCAGGUGGCUCGGUUCGGGGGCGGGGCUUGUGGGCCAGUUAAAUGACCUUCAUGGGCUGCUUCUGGCCCAUGGGUCUUAGGUUGCUGACCCCUGCAUUAGAGCAACUGACAGGCUUGCUGUUAAUGGCAAAGCAUCUCCACUAUAGCAAUAUCAGGCUGGGAAGGUGCUGGCUUUAACCACCUGCCGUGUGUAUGGAUCACUUCUGCGCACAGAAGAGGGAAGAGGGAGGCAGCACUCCAAAUCUUACUGAGCUUUCAAGAAGGGCUGCAAUGUGGACAGGCACUUUCCUGCAUGUGUGUAGUCAAUGUGUGGAUUGGAACAUUAGAUUCCACCGGCUGCAUUAACCUGCACCACGGGUGGCACUGAGAGUAAUAGCCAGCAGAGUUCAUGGAAUUCAUUUCCAUGAAUUUGUGCCUACACAAAAUACUCACUUGAAGAGUAUUGGUAAAGUGAAUCAUGGAUGAAACAGGGCAGCAAGCAGGAAAGCCCUUUUGGGCAAAAGAAAUUCCUGCAGAGCAGGAGCUUGGGCUGGAUAACUCCUGGGGUCCCUCCCAACUCUACAAUUCGAUGAUUCUCACCCACCCAUUGCAGAAGACUAAGCCCCUGGUCUUUGGAAUUGAACCAAACAGCCCUGAAAAGGGCUUAAUGUGAAUUGCAUUAGUGUGUCUUUGGUAGGACAAAACGAAUCCUUGCUGACCCUUAUGUUUCAAUGAAGCCAUAUUCGCAGCCAGCAACAGGUCUGCAGAUACCUGCAGAUAUUUAUUCCUAAUGUGGGCUAUAAUUUAACGGAUCUAACUUUUUGGCUGAUACUUUCUAGCUUUGCUGUAAUCAGCUGACAUUAUUAUGUAGUUAAGGGACGCGGGUGGCGCUGUGGGUUAAACCACAGAGCCUAGGACUUGCCGAUCUGAAGGUCGGCGGUUCGAAUCCCUGCAACGGGGUGAGCUCCCGUUGCUCGGUCCCUGCUCCUGCCAACCUAGCAGUUCAAAAGCACGCCAGUGCAAGUAGAUAAAUAGGUACCGCUCCAGCGGGAAUGUAAACGAUGUUUCCGUGUGCUUCUCUGGUUCGCCAGAAGCGGCUUAGUCAUGCUGGCCACAUGACCCGGAAGCUAUACGCCGGCUCCCUCAACCAGUAAAGCGAGAUGAGCGCUGCAACCCCAGAGUCGGUCACGACUGGACCUAACGGUCAGGGGUCCCUUUACCUUUUUAUAAUGUAGUAAUGUAGUUCAAAGGGAAGUCUAAAAUGCUGAAACAGCUGUUUCUGUCCACAAUUUUAAUCAUGUAUUUUGGCUCUGUGUGUGUGUGUUUUGUGGGUAACAAAACUUGUGGCAUCCAAAGUUCCAAGCAACACACUUGACUUCAGUUGAUGUGGGCCCAGGUGCAGGAAGAGCCUUGCACGAAGCCCUACUUCAGAUCCAGCGAAUGAGGUGGUCUCUUUCUUUUGUCUUGCAACAGAACACACCCCUUGGCUUUCCCCGAUUGUCAUUAACUUCGGGUUUUCUACAUCUCUGGUUCCUUCAGGUUUGCCAAGCUCCUCCUGAGGCUGCCAGCCUUGCGAUCUAUCGGCCUGAAAUGCCUGGAGCACCUCUUCUUCUUCAAGCUGAUCGGUGACACCCCCAUCGACACUUUCCUCAUGGAAAUGUUGGAGACACCGCUGCAGAUUACUUGACCCUGAAAACGGAUUGAGGAGGUGUGGAAACGAAGGAUGAGACAGAGAGGUUGAAGGCUAAUGAUGGUUUCUACUUAGGAUGGUGUGGUCCUGGUCUACUUGUGCCCGUUCCCAUUCAGGGUGGGGGGAGUAAUAAGGGGAUGGUGGCAUCUCUGUGAGCAUUUAGUGUCCAAAAGACAGGAUUCUAUGUGGCUAUGGCUGCCUUUGCUUUUACCCCUGGCUGGCAGCAAGGUGGGCCAGGACAUCCUACAGCUUGUCAGUCACAAAAUGGUGCCACCUGUACAAAUAAAUGAGUUUAAAUUAUUUUUUCACUUCCAAUAAAAAUGAGAAAUAAAAUAAUAUAUGAGGAACUGGUG